CUGGCAAGUCUGCCAGACGCGCGGCGUCCCGCGCUGACUCAACGGCCGGCACUAUACGCGCUUUCAGUGUACCCGGAAAAGCGUACGCGGCGUGCGGUCCCUCCCGUGAAAAUCGCCGUGUCGGUCCGUCGCGUCUCGCGCCGAGAACGUCGAUUUUCGAUCGUAAUAACAACAGUAAAAUAAUAUCCGAGUUUCCGAGUUCGGCCGUGCCCCGCAGAGAGAAAUAUCGACAGAUUAAUCAUCUGAAUUAUAAUCGUUUUUAUUUUAUUAUUUUUUUUCGUCUCGAUAACGUAUAUAAUUAUUGUUGUAAUUCAUAUCGCCGUGUCGUACUUCGGACCGUACAUUAUAUUAUCGUAAAGAGACUAGAGGUUGUGUCGUUUAAAAAAUCGAAAAUAAAAAAAAAAAAACAACAUUAAAAACUAUUAAAAAAUCGUACAUAACAUACCUGUAUAGUAAGUACCUAUGUUAUUAUAAGAUAAUAGAAAAUAUUAUAAUCGUUUUUUUUUUUUUUUUUUUUUUUUUUUUUUUAAUAUCUAUAUUUUAUUUUUUUGCUUCUCUCGAACGGUAUUUGUCUAAACGGCCGUCGGCANCCGCAGAGAGAAAUAUCGACAGAUUAAUCAUCUGAAUUAUAAUCGUUUUUAUUUUUUUAUUUUUUUUUUAAUAUCUAUAUUUUAUUUUUUUGCUUCUCUCGAACGGUAUUUGUCUAAACGGCCGUCGGCAAUAUUAUUGUCGUUCCAAUUUCUCAAACAUUUUUUAAAAAAAUAAAAACAAUAACACCCGUAUAGUUAUUUCCAAACUGCAGUUCGGCUCGCUUUUGUACAUACGUUUCGAUUUGUGUUAAAUCUGUAAAAUUCUGUAAAACCGUUUUCGGUUAUCGUGCUACAAUAUAUACCUAUACUCGCAAUUUCAAACCGUACGUUUCUUCGUUCCGCAUACACCCGAUUCGAGAACCGCAGUGGUCGCCGACGUUCCGAAACGCGUACAAGCCGACUUUUUUCAGCGCAUCAUUACGGUUUGUUUAUCGAAACGCCUAUAUCGUUGUAAUAGUGUAACUCCGCCUAUUAUAUUAUCCGUUCGAAUUAACACGGUGAAAAUGCAUACUCUCGCCCUCGUUAUUUAAUAUCAGCCAAACGAAACGGCCGGACAACGUGCUCGUGAACAUCGCCUUUAUUACGUGCAAUUCGUUUCGGUACCCACGCCGAAAGUUUUAAACCGCGGUAACGAUAUUCACCCGUACGUCGUAUAUUACAUACCUGCAACGGACUUUCGGAAUAUUUUUACUCGUACACAAAUUCAACCAAUUCGAUUAUUCGUACCGAAGUCAUGAGCUUUUAUGUUUUAUUCGAAUUCGAUUUUAUCCGAACUCAUCGCCGCCCGUACAGAAAAAAAAAAAAAAAAAAACUAAAAUGCGUAUUUUUUUUUUNAAAAAAAAAAAAAAAAAAACUAAAAUGGGUUUUUUUUUUUUUUUUUUUGGUAACAAACAAGUAUUAUAGGUACUACGAGUAUAUGUAUAAUAUUUAUUUUGUAUACGAUAUCGUUGUUGAUCCGGUCAUAUUUUAAUGAUUAACAACACGUCGAAACGCGUUAUUUGCUUAUCAAUAUUUUAAUAUUGUAAAAUACACAAUGCUAAUAAUAAUAUCAAUUCAGAUUAGGUUUGAUUAGACAAAAAUGCACUCAUUAAAUACACAGCGCAUAUCAGCGUAUAUUGGUGAGGGGGGGGGAAAGAUGAUGUCGGAGUAUUAUUGUAAAAUAUUCUAAUUAAGCUCGCAUUCUUGAGAUAUCCCGUCCGUACUUUUGCUAUUAAACUACACGACUGGGCGAGGAAUAUUAUUUUGCAUUAUAUCUAGUCGGUCAGGUAUUAUAAUAUACAAUAACGUUCGCAGUACGCGGACAUUCUGUUGGCGGCGCAUACACGGUUUUAACGAUUUUAAUAAUAUGUUUUCAUAAAAAAUAUCUCAAACCGGUAAAAUAAUUUACAAUACUAUCGUACCUAGUCCGGGAGCCCGUUUUCAGAUUUCGUUUCUCGGAUUUCGUAAAAUUCAAACAUUCAUUUUUUUUCCUCGUUUUACGAUCGCCUUGACGAUACGACUUUUCCGCUAAUCUGCUGAUGAAACCGCGUUCAAGGGCGAAGUGCGCGGCAGGUUUUAUCUCGUUUGGACCGAUAAACUGUAGUCGGAUUCGGCUAUUUAAAUUUAUUAAUUUCUUGUGUGUACGUUUUUUGGGAAAUAUUUGCUCAUUUACCUGUUUUUCAUAAAAUAAAUUCGUAAUAAAAUUACUUACACAUUAAAAAAAAAAAAAAACGAGCUGUUACUGCUGAUGGGUGCGCCACCGAUGUAAAUAGGAAGUUGGGAAGUUGGUCUACAUUAAGUUAUUUUAUUUAUUUAUAUGCAACUAAUGAUAAACCUUAGCUUAAAAAAAACUAUUCUGAGCGAAACUCGGUUAUUCAUGUUUUAAAUGCCGUAAUUUUUAAAAUUUUCGUUAAAAUUUAUCUCGGAACUCUUAAAUAUUAUAAAAAUAAAAAUAAUUAAUCUUGACCUCUACUUUUUUUUCUAAUUUUUUUAAUGGUUUUAAUUUUUUUUUUUUUUUGAUACCUAACUUAAUACAACUUGUAAUAAAGCUGUUAAAUUGUCAAGCAUUUUUAUUUGGUCAAUUAAUUAUAUCUGCAUUAUAGUACCUACCAAAUAAAAACUACCUAGGGACGUAAAAACUUGUAAAUACACAAUGUCUAAAAAUAAUUCAAAAAUUGUAUUAAAUUUUACUUAGAAAAUGUAAAUAUACAUUUUAUUUCAAAAUGUGCACGAAUAUUUUCGGGCGCGAUCUGUUUCGCCUAAACUUGAUCUGUUACCGUUUCACCCAAAUACACCUCAGACGAAGCCAAAUCAUUUUUCAAAACAGUUACUCGACUACUGGAAGUGUAAAAUGUAUAAAAAAAAAAAAAAGAAAAAAACGAAUAGUGGCCGAAUUCGGGUUUCAACAUUUUCCGGUGGCGGGUGUGUGAGUGGCGCCAGCAGUGAGAAGUAUGCAUAGUUUGUGUAGUAUUCGUAAAUGAUAACUAUAAAAACACUGCUAUGAAAUACGUAACAUAAUUUAUGUACUAUAUGCUGUAUAAUAGAAUAAUCGGGCUUGUUUGACCGAGUAUUUUUAAACUACUACUUUUUUACUGCUUACCGCACCUUAAAGACGAAUAAAUCAAAUUUAGUUACUUCGUAUACUGAUAUAUUUAUAUAUAGUUGGGCACCUAUCUACAUAUUUUACUUUGAUAAAUAUAAAGCGAAACUAUUUUCCGGGGACGGCGUUCGAUAUUUUAAUACACUCGUUUGAUAAUGUACUAUUACCGUAGGGCGGGUAUCCCAACAGUUUUCUAAAUUCUAUUGUUUACGUCUUUUGAUUUAUUUUGUACGACGACUGUUAUUCGGUUAUACGGCUGAUAUAAUAUAAAAUAUAUUACAUUCUUUUCUUUAAUGGUACCCUAUAAAACGUUGAGCGUUCAUACGUAUCCCGAAACAAAAUAUUAUUUUUCAAACAAUUCAUGUAAACAUAUUAUACAAUAUAAUAUUUAGAAAAAAAAAAAAAAAAAACCAAAAAUAACGCUUUUAUAAGCAAAUAAAAUUAAAUGAGUAAUAAACAAUAAUUAUCGUCGUGAAAAAAGUACGAGUUUUUACAGAUAUCUAACCGUAAUAGUAAUCGCAUAAUAUACAGACGAUUCUUUUAUAAUCGAUAUCAAACCCGGAACAUUGUUAGGUAUUGCCAUUUCUAACAUUUCGGGUAAUUGGGCAUACCUGAGUGAAAAUUACAUCUAUUUACCCAGUCGUAAUAAUAUUAAAUGUAUACAUUUCGCCAGGUAUAAUAUCGCGAGUGUUGUAAUUUUACAAUACAUUACGAUUAGUGAAGUAACAUUCGGUUUCGAGUGUUCAACCGAUAUUCGCGUUGUCUGUAGUAACGAUUGCUGAGUAUGAUUAAUAUCGUUUUAACAUACAAUUUUAAAAUAACGAACUCGUGCCCCUUACAGCGGUCAAUAAACAAGUCCCGGACUGCAUGUUUGUUAUUAUCGUUAAAAAUUGAAAUAUAACGUUGACUGAUAGCGACAAAUACGUUUUUAAUUUAUCAAACCCCGUGUGUAAUUUUGCACGGAACGUGUAUGUACGUAAAGCCGGUUCCACUUGACUCGUGUACACCGACGAUGUUCUGAAAUUUAAAGCGACACUUGAUAAAUUAUUUUAAUUCCCCUUAAAUGUGUUUGUUUGUUUUUUUUUUUUUUUUACAGUUUUGUUAAAUUCAAAUGAUAAUUCAUAACGCGAUACCGAGUAACGUAUUUUUUGCAUAAUGAAAUAAUAAAGUAAAACCAAAAUUAUUAAAAUGGUUAAUGCUCGUAAAUAAGUAUGUUAAAUAAAUAUAUAAAUAAAAACAUGUAUGUAUAAAAAUAAACAAUGAAUAAAUUAAUAAAUGUAUCGCGAUGGAUUUUUAAUUCGAAACCGGUCGUAUAAUACAAUUAUCAUAAUACUCCAGGCGACGAAUUUAUGUAUAUUUUUUUUUUAUAUUAUGUCAGUGGCCUAUUUAGAAUUUUUUCCAGAUGGUCGAAGACGAAAAUAUUAUAGUGUACAUACCCGUGGAAGGCUUAUAAAUUAACAGCUCUUUUUUCAUAACGUGUUUUUUUUUUUUUUUUCAAACUUAUAAAAUACUUUCGUGAAAACAAUAAAAUUCAAUUAUUAUGUUUACAUUUCUAUUUGUUAAAUUGUGAAAAAAAGGGGGGGUUUUUUAUAGAUAAUUUAAAAUUUUCAAUUAAUACAUAUACAUUAUGACAGAUAGAGUUUAAUAACGUGCGUAUAGAAAAAAUAAUCGUGGUUGAUCUGUCCUCACGAACCGCCCGCCGAAUACGCCACAGUUGUACUAAGAUCGUAUAAUGAAUUAAUAAUAAUAAUAAUACGCACGCAGUGUUUUAUUUCUGAAAUGUAUUGUUAUUUUCAAGGGACGGCAAUCCGACCACAUUAACAUUGAAAAGCGAUUCUGGGCCGAGCUUAAAUUUUAAUAUCGCGACGGAAAACUAAUCAUUUCAAUGUUCGAAAUGAAUUAAAUACAAUAGGUAUCGUUAAAAUGACCAGAAAUGUUAAUAUUAAAUUAUAAUCGCCGGUUUUGUUACUGCACGCGAUUAUUGCCAGUAUUUUAAAUAUUAAAUUUAUUAUACUUGGAAGACCCGCUGCCAUCACUACCACCGCCACCACCGCCACCAUCACCAAAAUGAGUAUUUUAAGUAAUUGUCUGUAUUGCAAUAUUCGAAUAGGAUUACAAAUUCAUAUUUUUUCGUGUUUUCCUUUUCUUUUUUCAGUAGUAAUAAUAUUAUUGAACGUUAUCUUAAUAGUAUACUACUCCGGGCUUAAAUAUUUUGUUAGCUGUGUUUCUCCUAUAAUCUUAUCGGUGACUUUUGCCAUAAUAUUAGCUGCAGUAGGUAUAGGUUAUAUUAUUAUGAAUCGUAUCAACAAUAAAUAUUGUGUAUUACAAUUACAAACAGAAGAAUUAAGAGGAUGAUAAUGUUAGAAGAGGAUUAGGUACGUGUACGAGAUAACCGAAAUAACAAUCUAUGUAUAUUAUACAGCGCAUUCAAGUAUAUCGUACAAAAAACGUAUUGGUACCUACUAAAAGUUAACGAAUAAUGGUGAAUUAUAAAAUACGAGUAAAUUAAGGGAUGUCAAAGCAACUCUAUUCAAUAUGUUAACGUAUAUACGGUUACAAUAAUAUACUUAUAGUAAAGGAAGUACUCGGAGUGCAAACAAAACAAAAUAAAAUAAAUUGUAUGAGACUUCGAAAAACCAACGUCACUUGCAAUGAUUAGUUCGAUCUCAACGUGAUUCUUGGGAGGUGUGGCUUUAACCACACCAGUUGUCAAACAGUGUUCAAUAAUAAAUACAAAUUUUAAAAAAAUUAUAAAACCAAUUGGUAAAUAGUAUUUGCAGGCACAGUGUUUAUUUACAAAUGUAUAAACAUUUUUUUAAAUUUAUAUGCAUUUUAUUUUACAUAGAAUAUUGUUUCUUACUUUCGUAAAAAAAAAAUCUAAUAAUUAGAUUUGGGUUAAAUUAAAAAAGUACAGAGAGGUAAUCGACCUCCCUCCCUUCACUGGCGCACGCCGAUAAAUCUCUCUAUUUUUAUUUGAAAUUUUAGAUUAUCUGAAUAAUUUUUAUUCUUAUUUUUAUCUUUGAUAUGUAAUUAAUUAAAUGUUUCAAUAAUACUUCCCGAUAUCAAUGUACUCGUAUUACGGUAAUUUUUUCUUCGGUUAAAAUUAUUUAAUAAUAAUUAAAUAAUAACCGUACACCAUUCAUUCCACGCAGAACCCAUAUAAAUGAUAUUACUUAACACUUACAAUACAUUUAAAAUGAUUAAAAUACAAAUAAUUUUUAUUAAAAAAAAAAAAAUAAUAAAAUAUAUUAAAUAAGACUUUUCCCGUUUUUCCCGAAUCUUCUGUAUUGUGUUGAAAUUUAAGGACAUUAUUAAUAUUUCAUUCACUUAUCAAUUAAUCAAGCUUAAGAAGUUACUAUCAUUUAAGUAUUGUACGUGUCGAGUUUUUUUUUGUUUUCUUCCCGAGUAAAAGAAUCAACAACAUUACGUAAAGUUACGAGAAUUAAUGUUUUUUUUUUUUUUUUUAUAUAUAUAUACUUAUUCAAACCCGAACCCCUGCAAUUAUGAUUUUAUUUCAAUAAUUUCAAGGACUGUACAUAUAAUAUUAUAUUUAUAUUCACGUUAUAAAUCUAAACAUAUCAAUACUGUAUUUCAUCUGCGGCCGGAUGCAAUAUUCAAGACACAUCGGUCUAUUGAAAUUGAUUCCAACAAUGAAAUCAUUAUUAUUGAAAAGCUUAAAUUGCGAUUGAUUUAAUACAAUAAUGAAUCCCAUAAUACAUAAUAUUUGAAUAUGGGAACAUAUCCACAAAGAGCCAUAUUAUAUUGAAGUUUGCUCAGAAUAAUAUAAUUGAAAAGGAAAUGAACAAAAUAUAUUGCAUUAUAGAACCAACGCAGAAGUACAAUAAUGGUAUAAAUAAGACUGUUAUGUUACUAUUUACAUAUCAUUUCACUAAUGCUCAAUGAUCUUGCUGUGUGUAGACUUUCAUGAUAAGUAUAUUUGUUUUUUCCCCGAGCGGUAUAAUAUAAUUAUCAAUGAUAAUUUAUUGACAAAACUUUAAACAUAUUAUAGGUAUUAAUAGGUUUCAUUAAUUUCGCGAAAAAAAAAAAUCAAUCAUAAAGUCGAUUAUAGUUUUUUUUUUUGUUAUUAUUAAGAUUGAUAUUAUUUCGAUGUUAAUAACAUUCACGAAUUAUCAAGGUUUGAACAGUCAAUAAAUAAUCUAUUAAUUCGAGGUCGAGUUAAAUUAAUUUCACUGAUUAACUCGAGCUCAGUAAAUAUUUGUUUGUUUUUCGUGAAAUAGCUUUUUUCACAGAAAAAACGAUUAAACUUAGAAUUUGAGAUUUUUUGAACGUUUGUUGUAAAACAUAUUGGGGAUUUAUUCGGGAAUAUAAAAUUUUACGGAACAUUACACACCACACAUGUUAUUCAGGAAAUAAAUAAGAAAAAAAACAAAUUAUUUAUUAAAUAGAAUAUAUAUUGUAAAAUCGGAUAGGGAGUUGAAAUAAUAACAAUAUUGAAAUCACUUAAUGUGAUUAAAUAUAGGUAUAAAAAAAUAGUUAAUUUUAAAAUUAGCUCUUUAUUUAUAUAGUCAAUAUAAAAAAAAUUUGUUAAGUUAUUAAAACGAAUUUCUUUAACUCGUUAAAAUCACCCUUAAAAAUUGUAUCAAUAACAAUACAAAGCCAUGACACCGACACAAACGAACAGUGAAUAGUUAAGUCAUGGAAUAAUGAUUAUAAAAAUACCACAUUUUUUUUUUUUUUUUUUUUUUUUUUGACACAAUUAUUGUUUUAACUUUACUUUUUAUCACUAACAGGUAGGUAUAUCAGACAGCUGCCGAACUGCUAAUAUAGUUAUUGCCGGUCUGCCGUCGUCGUAGAGUCAAGUGUUUCAAAAAGAUUACAGAAUGUGCACGUGUCUGUGCGUGUGAACAUUGAGGUUUUUUGUACGGACGAUCGUAUUGUGUUCUCUCGAAGCAGUUUUCGACGUUGUCGCGUGCGCUCGUCACCGUAUUCGCGGUCCUGGAAAUCCAUACUGAAUUUCUUGCGUUUUUGGGUAAAAAAAAAGAACAGAAAAGCUGAAAGCCGAACACCAUUUCAGUGCGCAGAUUUUUUUCGAGUGAGUAUAUUAAACACUUUUGGUCACUUUCCGAUUUUCUCCGUACGACCCCGGUAGUGCGCGCUUCCUAGGAGCUACACGCAACACGAUGACGGGACGGCAACGCCGCAAGGCCCGCGACCAAUAGCGGGCCGCAAACGCUUUCACCACCUGAUGUUGCCACGUUUCGACGGACGCCGCCUAGUGCAAUGGCCACCGCCGCCACUAUUAUCGCAACCGCAAAUGCGGUUGCGGUCAAUCCGACGACGGAUUACAACGUUACUACCACCACCGCCGUGACCGCGGUGACUGCGGUUGCGGUCAACCUGACGACAGUGUAUAACGUAACUACUACAGCGUUCGUGGUCAACUUGACGACGGCUUACAAUGUGACCACUGGCUUCAACGUGACACUGUCAGAUGACUUGUACAACGUGCCGGCCUUGCUGGUGAUCGUCUUAUCCGUGCUCUACGGGUCCAUAUCGGUGAUCGCCGUGGCCGGAAACGGAUUGGUCAUAUGGGCCAUCGUGACUAGCAAACGGAUGCGGUCGGUCACCAACCACUAUCUAGCAAACUUGGCGUUCGCCGAUAUCCUCAUCGCCCUCUUCGCCAUACCCUUCGAAGUAAGUGAUAUCUGUUAUGCUUUCAACCAACUAAUUACUCCUGUAAUAUAAGAUUUGUGUUUUAUGAUUUUUUUUACAAUCCAGCGAAUAUCUAUGAAGAUUUGAGUAAAAUUGAUUUAAAUUUUUUUUCUUGUCAGAUAUUCAUCUUAUUUACAAUCUAUUCAAAGUUAUUAUAUCUAUAUUAUUUUUUGAAACAAGAUUUUAAUAGACAAUAGUUUUCUAAAAAUGUUGAUAUGCAUAACUAUUUGAGUCAGUGGCGUAGCCAAGGACGGGAUUUAGGUGUAUUAACCCACUGUCCCCUUUACUUUAUUUUUAACUAUAGUUUAAAAAGGUUAUAAGUGUCUAAACCCCUCUUUUGAUUAAUGCAUUGGCUACACCAACGGUUUGAGUUAUAAGCUAUGAGUUUAUAAUAGUUUAAAAUUUAGAUAGGUGCUAUAAGGUAUAAUAUGAUAGCUUUAAAAAAUAAAUUUUAAUAAUAAUAUAGCUUUUCUAUAUUCCUCCGGUCUAAAUCUUAAACUGUAAAAAGUAAAUCCGAUAGUUAAUGUUUUGUUUAUCGUCAGAAUAAUUAUGUUAAAUUACACAAUUGAUGUUCGUUUAAGCAUUUAAAGUAUGACACAAACUUUGAAAUAGCUUUUAUAAAGAAAAUAAUUUAAAAAAAAUCAUAAAUCAAAUUUACUCGAAUCAUUUGAGAAAAUCGCUGGAUCGUGAUAAAAAAAUCACUGUACAUCAUAUUGACACUCUCCGGUUAACUGUUUUCAAACACGACUUUUAAGUACGGAACUAUGCCCGGGUAUCUUAUGAGAAUCUAUCAGUACUUGAUAAGAGGGUACAAAGACAAAGAGGGCGUGCAGUGGGUUUUAAACGGGUUCGGUAAAACUAUCAAAGAAAAAAAAAUGUCCAUAUUAUUGAAAACAAUGUCGAGCGAAAAUAAUUUCCUAUGAAAAAUAUGGCAUUGUUCCAGAAUCUACAAAGAAACAAUAUUCAAAACCGAUAUUAUAAAAAGAACACACGAGUACCAGAGCUCCAUCACUACGUUAAUUAUCUCCCGGCUGACUUGUAGUCGUAACAAUAUUUAAUAUAGUUUAUAUUUUUAUAAAUGACAAGUAAUUUAAUAAAACAAGUUUUAUCAAAUUAGGUAAAAUAGUUCUCGAUAUUUUUACUAACACAUAAUCAGGUGGUAGGUUCGGAAAUUGGAAGUUCAAACUUUCUAAAGACACAUUCUUGACAAUAAUUCUAUUUGGACGGGUAUACACAUUUUAAUCAAGGUAAUAAAUUUAAUGAGACUAUUUAAACCCCGUUGUUUCCAGUGAAAACAUGAAAUUUGAGCAUUAACAUGGUUGGAGAGAAGAUUGAGAUUCAAAACCAUCAAAAGAAACAUCAUCGAUACUUACAGCAAGAUAUACAAAAUUGCACCUCCCUGACAUUAUUUGGGAGAUCUGUAAGAUAGUAUAAAGCUAAAAACUAACAAAUUUGUCACACUCCACAAUAUGGCGAAGUUCAUAUCUCAAUUCAACUAAAAUUUCAAUUCACCUAUAUAAAUAACUAUUUUAUAUUUCAUUUGUUUGAUAAUUUUCACGUUUAUUUUUAAACUAUUAUUCGCAAUAUUUUCCCGUCCGAGUAACGAUAACGGUAAAAUGAUAAUGUAUGUAUAGAAAAUGCAUCACAUUCGUAUAAAAAAUUGUUUACGUGACCAAAAAGUAUACCGAUUUAAAAACGUGCAAUUCCAUUUUUAUUUUUAUUCUUUGUAGCGUAAUCGCAUAAAAUAUAUUGCGUGUAAAAACCACGAUAAAGAAUCACUGUGACCGUCAGCGAGUUAAGAAAUCAAAUUUUUAUCGAACAAAUAAGAAAAAUUUAUGGAUCGUCGAGUUUUUAUCCUGUUAAAAAUAUAUUUAUUAUUAAUAUUGAUAUUUAGUGUUUUAUCCUUUGAAAACAUACAAAUACAAGAUUAUGAAAGAAUCUAAUGUUAACUUUUUCGUUUCUACAUGUAUUUAUAUAAUGUUUUAUAGAACAUAAUAAAAACAACAUAGCCCAAUGAUAGAAUAUUAUUUCCUAUGUUGGGAAAAACUUUGGUUAACCAACAUUGAGUGUACAGUAUAAUCGGUGACCAGCCCAUAACCGCGUAACGUAUUAGUUUCUGAAAAAGAAUAAUUAUUGUCGGCAUAUUACCUAUGUAAUAUUAUGUGACGUCUUCCCGCGGCGUGUAUUCGAAAACUUCUGUUGACAAACAUCACUAGUUACAAUUCACUGUAGCCUCAGUAUCUACCUGAAGCUAUUAUUAUAUCGAUAGUGAUUUUUUUUUUUUUUUUAUAUAUAUAUAUUUAUACAUACUAUAGCCGAACAACGAGAAAACUAAAAAAAAAAAAAAAAAUGUUAAAUUCAAUUAAAAAUGAAAAUAAACAUAUGUUUCUUCGUACUGGACUACUGCACUCUGUGGUAGUUAUUUAAUGAGAAUUUUAUUUCGUUUUGAAUUAUCGCCACGAUAGCAGAGUUCAGCUGUGUGAUCCAUUAUUUUAGUACGUUGAAAAAAAAAAACUUUUAUUUGCACGUGCACAAUCUGUAGGGUGUUAUAUAUUCGUAAAAAAAAAAUAAUAAUAAUAAUAAAAACAAUUAUUUUCGUAUAGAUUAUUCGAAAUAAAACGAACACGUGUUUUUUAGUUUUAUAAUUUUCGUUCCGUAUAACAAACAUUAAAUAAUAAUAAAAAAAAAACCGCCAUGUGCAAUCGUGAAAACGAAUUACACCAAUAAUAUCGAUAAAUGAACUGAUAAAAUAAUACCUAUGUAUACAUGUUGUGUACAUUAUAGAUUUGUUUUUUUUCAACCCGUUAGUCUUAUUUGAUUUUUAAUCCAAACCAUAAACGGCAUAAUAAUUUUGAAAAGAAGGUCGUUUUGGUAUAAUAUUCAUCGGAAUAAACAAACGAAUAGCCCGCGGGAUUAACGAUACUAUCAAUAAUUCCGUAACAAUAAGGCGCUAUAAUAAUAAGUUGUACGACGUACCCACUUGAACAAUAAAAUCAUUUCUCCUAGAACAUAAUUAUUAGGUGUAUAAAUCUCAAUAAUUACUUAUUGUAUUACAUUAAUACGCGACGAAUAGAAAAUGUAAUAUAGGUAAGUGAUGUGACAUAGAUCCGGAUUAUCCGGAAAAAUCCGGAUUUUGGAUUUCAAAUCCCCGAAAUUCCAAUUUUCUAUGCAAAAAUUCUAGUUUUUUUGUCAAUUUAUAUUUAUAAUUAGUUUUUGAAUUGUAUACGGAUUUUCUAAAGAAACUAAAAUCAAAGUUCCGAAAUCCGCAAUCCGGAUUUUAAAUACAUUUUUGAUUUUGGAUUCCGAACGUUCAGCAAAUCCGCUGCAAUAAGAUAUACGUUGCUAAAGUCGGGGGACUGUACUAACUUUUGUCUUUACCGAUAAUAAAUUUACUCUAGAAUUUGUUCACCAGCAGUAUAGGUGCUUCACAUAGAACUGCAUGUAAGUUCGUUCGAGCUUCCAUAUUAUAUUUUCAGUACAGUUCCAGUCACCGAUUAUUUGUAUGUGUACUGAUAGGUUUACUAUUACUUGGAUAUGUUACAUGGACGGUGCCCGGGUAAAAGAAAAUAACAACACUUUAACAAUUGGUUUUUUUUUUUUUUUAAUUACAUAUUAACUUUGAUAAUAUAUCCAUUAAAAGCGAACUAACAUGUAGAUUAAUUUAUUCAUAAAACAUACGAGAAAAUAGGAUAAAUUUGUGUUGUACACAUAGGAACUAUUCAAUAUAAAAGUAUAGAAUAUACUUAUUCCCUACCCGGGCAUCGUCCAUGUCGAUUAUGAUUUUUUUCUAUAAAAAAUAACAACACUAGUGUAAUAACGAUAACGUUUCCAAUUAAACAAAUACGAAUAUUAAUUAAAUUAUAUCACUGUUAAUAACAAUCACUAUUCAUUGUUAAUACGUUUUAUCUCAUCAUUGUUUGCAACAAUAAUAUUAAAGAAAACAUAUAGGCAAUUUCUUUGUCUUUUUCUGAACAAGUGCACAAUUUUUAUAACUAAUUGAUAAUAAUUCAUAUACAAUAUUAUUUCAUUAUCUUAUGUUCGCAUGUCGGUACUCGUUAACAAAAUAUACAAUACCUCGUUUGGCCAGCGCAGUGGCAUGUUUGCAAUGGUUUCAGCAGGGACUGGUACAUUUCGGUUUAUUCGGUUCAUGACCCGGGUUCCGCAGUACUAAAUCAUUAUUUACUUAUAGGUUCUGGUUCCGGUUAAAAUUUUUAAAAAGUAAAAUAAACGGUUAAGAUCAGUGUUCCGAAUUAGUAACAAACUUUUUUUUUCCAAACCUAUUUAAAUACUUUAGUAUCUGUGUAUGCCAAUAUUAAUAUUUAAUUACCGGUCUAGCACUUUACUGUUCAAAACUGAGUACUUGCAACUAAUCCAGAUACUCAUUUGGACACAAAUGAUACAUACACGUUCAAGAAUUUACAAUAAUAUUGAGUUUUUCGUUGAUAAAAAUUAACAUUUUGGUAGCUCUCAGCCAUUUUAAUUUGCGUACAUUUCAACUUACAGGUACUUUGUACUUAGAUUAGGUUAGGCACUUUACAGAAUACAAUUUAUAAUGUUCAUAUCAACUUACAUGUUAUACUUGUAUUCGUUAAAAAAAAAAAAAUAUCAUACUUAAUUAAUUGAUCUUUUAAAAAUCAAAUACGAGACUAGGUAUGCUGUCGACACGUUAUUUUAGAAAAAAUAUACAACAUAAAAUUGAAACUGUAUAUUAAUCAUUGCAAUAAAUUCUGGUGAUUAUCGUUGAAAAAUAUGGGUUCCGGUUGUCUGAACAUAUUUAAAUUCGGUUCCGAUUAGGUUACGCUUCACACUAUUUUAUUGGUUUUUCGGGCCUAGAAAGAUUUACCCGGAAACCGGUGCUACUGGGUGGCUAAGAGAAGACAGAUACAAUUCUCGUUAGUGUAACAAAUGUACUUGAAAAAUAAUUAACUAUUAUGAAUAAAUAGUUAGGCGAUUUUAAUACCUCAUAAUAAUUUACACACAUCAUGCGCGGACUUUGAUAGGUUUUGAUAGGUAUGUUCAAAUAUAAUGAGUGAUGUGAGUGGUAUAUACAAACCUCGGCUCCUCGGGACUUAGGUAAACAUAACAAUGUAGUUCGACACGGCAUUGCGUCUGGCCGCAUGGUAAACAAUAAUAUUACGUUAAAACUAUUGAAGUGAUUAACUCGAAAUUAGUCAUAGUCGAGAAGUUGGUUAUUUUUUUCACUCGAAUCAUAGGUUACACUUUUAUUGUGAUCUAUUCCGGGAUGCAUCUCGAGUAGGCUGCGAGAUAAAAAAGAAUCGCUAACGGACCGUGCAAAUAGUCUCUUGCUUCAUUUUUGUUGUAACGUAAUUUCACUACACAAUAUUGCCUAUAUAGAAACAAUUGGUAAUACAAUUAUAAUCAUGUAAAUCAAUCAGAAACAAUGACCUAAAACGUUUUUUUUUUUUAUGGUUUUGGUCGUAAACGUACAAGUUUAAAUAUUAAAAAAACAUAAUUGAAAAUACGAACGGUUGUAAAUUGUAAGCCCACAAAUCCACCCACCCACUGUUAAAUAUUCUACUGUCAAUGUCUACACGUGUCUACGAUUUUGAGUAUUUUUUUAAGUAUCUGCUACCUAAAUAUGGUUUAAUAUUUGAUUGUUAUCCCAAAUUGCGUUCCGCGGGCGUCGGUACAAUACUGCACUCAAUUUGAAAUCUUAAAAUGCGUUGAAAAAAAAACGUGAUAAACGUGAUUCAAAAACGACGUUAUUUUUGUUUUUUUUUAAAUUUCUGAUGGUGUAGCCUCAUAAGUACAUGCAGAGGUCCUGCAAAUAAUCAUUUCACUGUUCUUCGCACGAUGAUAGUUAAAAAAAAAAAAAAAAAAAAAAAAAAACAAAUGGUAUAACUCGUCGGCAAUGUAUACAAACUAUAAAAAAAAACCUCAUUAUUCUUUAUUAGUUGACAGUAUUUCUGGUAAAAUAGUAACGGAAAUUUAACGGCGAUGGCAAGUAAUAAUAAUAAACAAUAUUAUAAGUACACAGUUAUUUUUGAUGCGAUUAUAUUUGUAUGUCUAUAUAAUUAAUUAAAAAUUGAUUGAACGAGUAAACGAUAGCGUUUCCAUUUGGGACUUAUUCGAUACCGAUGCGAAGGCGAAGUAAACAAAUUAUCCGGGUAGACAAUAUGUAAUACAAUUCCUAAAACUCCAUUCUGCAGGAGCGAUAAAUAAUACUGUUUCAAAGUUAUGGGCGGGUACAACAACCAGUGUCUAUUUUUGUUACGUCUGGCAGAUUUCGAUAACGAGAUCAGCAAUUAACAGAAUUUAAUUUACAAAACAGUCGGUACUGUUUACUUAAUGUACACAAUAAUAGCGAGAAAAACAUCCGGUAUUAAAGCUAUAGCGAUAACAAAGCUAAUAAUAAAUGUCUCCAUGUCGUACUACGAAGAUGUGUACACUACUUUGAAAUAGUGAUUUCGUAUAUUAUUAUUCUAUUACUGUAAGAAAUCUAGUUGAAUUAUGUGUGUCACGGGAUGAAGGAUAAACCUAACUACCUACCUACCUACGAAAUGUAUAAAUGCGUAUUUUAUUUUAUAUAGCUCCGAUUUACAAUGACACCACUUUAUAUGAAAAGAAAUCUGACCGGGGUGGCACUUUAAGGACGUCUGUUUGAUUUUCCUAGCUGUUUUCAUAAUAAAUGGGAAAAAACGUGGGAAAAACUAGGAAAUCGUGUUUUCGUUAGCAAUGGUUAAUCGUUGCGUACAAAUAUACAUUAUUUGCCCUCUACUACCUUCCCAAUUUUUCCUUUACAACAGCGGUCCUUCCACGUCCGUCUUUUUUAUAAUAAUAUUUUGGGACCGAAAUUUUCCCAUCGCAUAAUUAAUAUCCAACAGCUUGACCUGCUUAAUAUGGAUCUCGAGUGAUGAGUAAAACUUUUCUAAUUAAACCAUUAACAACGUUACAAACUGUUAAAUACCCUUCUGUUAUAGUUUCUGUAAUCACUGACCACGUUAUCCCAAAGUUAUCGUUGUUGAUAAGUAUUAUUAUUAUUCUAUUCCAGAGCUUUUGCUACCAUCACUAUACUAUCUUUUAUACUUCACGGUUCUGAGCUAUCUCCUUCCACUCCUGUUUUUCCUACUGUUUUAGGAUUUCCCUUCAAUACUUUCCUCUUGGUUUCUGGUUCCCAUUCCCCUGUGGUCUUAACAGUUUCGUUUCUAAUUCACCUCGUUACAUUUUCCAACCACUAUAUCCUUUGGCCUUUUAUGUAGCUGAAGGUACUUAAGAAUAAUAAUUAUUAAUCGGUACAAAAUCUAUCUUUAAUUAAUUAAUUUUCGGUUGACGUAAGGUUUGCCACUAAUUCAGUCCCAUAAGCAUUAUCGAAAAAUAUACUUUCCGUGAUUUACGCAAGACUUUUCAUCAAGCCCAAAAUUUUAAUAACCGAUCGUACUUUGUCAAUGAAAUUUCGUUGUCGAUUAUCUAAUAUAGCGAGUACCUUGUCUUUAAAAAAAAAAAAAAACACGAAUCUGGUUUAAUCAACUUUAAAAUAUCUCCGCGCAUCCAAACUAACCUUUAUCUUGAACAAAAAAAACCUUUACGUCGCGAUUGUAGCAAUUUUUACGAUUAUCGCCCUGUUAUUUCACCGGUACACGGGCAUAUUAACAACGAGAAAGUGUAUAAUAGUUGUAGAUACAUAUCUACUUUACUUGGAACAAUUUAGUUUUUUCGACUUUUAUAUUAAAAAAAUAAUAACAAUAUCACGUGUUAUAUCAAACGUUAAAUAAUAUCCGAAGCGAACCUGUUGGAUGUGUUGCAGAUUUUAAUGUAUACAUAUUAUAAUAUACUAUAUAGGUGUUGUAAAAGGGAAAUCCAAGUUAAACGAAUUUAUUUUUCCUACCGAUGACGUAUUAUUAAGAUCGAAAAAACUCAGAUUUUUUUUAGUGUAUGACUAAAAAAAAAAAUAAUAAUAAAGGAAUUUACAUCGAAACGAAAAAAAAUAUUAUAACAACGCAAAUAGGUAUACGGAUCACGUCAUAAGCUGAUUUAUUAAUAGCGUCGAACUUACGUAGUAGGUUUACAUCGCUGAUGUUUCCCCGCGAUGGCGGAUAUUCGCAGCGUUUAUUAAAUAAAGUUACACGAGAUUUACAUGUCAUUAUUAAUGGAUAGUGACGGCUGUGCAGGUACUUAUAGGAAACGCGCCUUAUUCGUAUAUACGUAUGAGUAUGCAGUUGGAUAUAAAUUCCCGGGCGCCUGGAAAUGGUGUCUCUUGCGCGUCAAUGUUAUAAUAAUAUAUAAUAUAUUAUUAUGCUUGAAAUAUUGUAUUUACUAUACGAAUUGUGCGUAUUUUCGUUUGUUUAUAUUCAUUAUUUAAAAUCAACACGUAUAGCCCACGUCCACGACAACGUGCCGUUAUAUACUUACCUCCCCUAUUUUACGAGAGGUGUGGUAUUGUGGUCGUGUAUACACUAUGUCGAGAGCAACUGGUGAAUUAUGUUUAAGACAACUGGUUUAUUUUAGUGGGCAAUUAUUGAAAAAAGAAUUUGUGAAGACAACUGCAGGUACACGCUCCGACAAUCAAUAAAUGUGAAUUCUCCAGUUGAGUUUUCAUACUUUUCAUGACACAAUAAUAAUAAUUAUAAUUAUGUGUGUUACAAAUAAUUUUAAAUUCCGAGCGGAGCAAAGAAAUAUUCUCUAGGUGGUACCUUAAAAAGGCCAUUUUAUAAAAUUCUCACUAAUAUUCGAGAUAAUGAGGAAAUCCUGGUUCUUCAGGGUGAAAAAGAUUGAAAGAUUAAAAACAAGGUUGUCAUUUACAACGGUUUUCAUUUAUUUUUUGUUAUUUUUAAGUUUUAAUUAUUUUAAAUAAUCAUUUUUAAACAAUCAUUAUUGUCUGGAAACGCACAUUGUUGUAAUCAUUUUACCAUAAUAUUAUGAAAUAUAUAUUGUCGACAAAGCAACACUAUCGACUGAAAUCCGAUCAGAAUCGUUUUUUCGUUAACAAUGAUUUAUCGUUGCUUACAAAUAUACAUACAAUCCACGUCUGUGUCCUACUUUUACAAAUUCCCACCUACAAUAGUGACUACAUCCACGGACGAAGUAUGUUUUAUUAUACGUAGAAUAUAUCUUAUAAUAUAUAAAUAAACGAAAAAAAAAAAAAAAUAAUGGUAUAGUUAAUAUGAUUACAAAGUUUGUAUCGCAAUAUUGUUGUAUUUUGUGCCUCGUACGUCUAUUGAAUAUUAUUAUUUUUUUUUUUUUAUAUGCUAUAGAAAUUUAAUUAUUAUUUUCUUCUUUUAGUUAAUGCAAAUUGUUUGAAAAUUACAAUAAAAUUAUCGAAGUGGAAAAAUCGAACAGCCUAAUUUUAAGUACCUAAAUGAUUAAUACAAUUAAUAACUUUAAUAUUUUUUUCUUUUUAACAUUAUAAUAGUUCAAACAAAAAAUAAAACUUAUAAAUAAAUAAAUAAACUGUUGAAUAUGAAAUUUAAAAAAAGAUCUGAUAUUGCUGAUAGGUAGGAAGUCGAGAAAUUAGGAUACAUACAAAUAUUUAGUUUAUAAAUGUAAGCAAUGGUUGUACAUGAUUAAAAAAGCCACAAUGUUUACGGUUCUCAUCAAAAUAUGUUCUUACAACAAUUAUAAAACAAAAAUUCCUUCAUUAAACUCUACUUUUUUAAACUCUAACUCCACAUAGACUUAAGAAAAUAAAAACUACGUAAGAAACUCGCAAAGAUAAAAUGCUCAAAAAUCGCUAAAAUGUUUUGAACGUUUUACUUGAUUUCUUUCUAGAAGAGGUAAACAUAAGUUUUCUAUUAAAUUUUCAAUUUACUACGAAUAUUUUCUACUGAAAUACACACAAAAAAAAAAAAAUUAUAAAUCAUGAAACCAUUAUUUCCGUAAACUUGUCCGUUCUUUCAAUCUUAAUUGCCUUCUUUAUUUUGAAUUGAAAAAAAAAAAAUCAAAAAACGACUUUUUUACUUACCUAUUUGAUUAAAAAUACAGCAUAUAAGGUCUCGUGUCAUUUUUUAAUUGGAGCAAGGUUUCUGGUCAAAAAGUUGUUUACAGACUAAAAAACAAUUUGAAAAAAAAAACCACUCAUUAUAGUAAAACUUAUAAGUUAGAUCUCUUGUUUUGAAUGUACAAUUCAUAAAUUUCACGUUUCAUAGGAAAAAGAACACUGCACCUGAUAUCCCACAUAACCCAUAACAUAUAUUAUAUAUAUUUAAAUUUUCACAAGAAAUUGCGAAACCUGUGGGGAGAAAAAGAAAAGUACACCGAGUAAAUACGCUGAAAUAAAUGCGUUUCGAUUUAAAUGUCUACUCGAAUAAAUAAAAUACGAUAGCAUAAUGAUACUAGAAUAUUGUUUCAAUGAGAAUAAACAGUUACACGGUAAAAGACUCUGCAGGCAAUUCUAAACCCGAUGGUAAAAAUUGGUCCAUUUUCUGACGCAUUGUCUAUAGACAACAUAUUAUUUCGGAAAACAUGCAAUACUUGAGAAUCUAAUAUUUCUGUAAAAAAAAAAAAAAAAAAAAAUUGACAAUGUUUGAAAUAACAGAACAUGUUGCAAAUUCGUUUGUUUAUUUCCAUACGUUUUUAUCGGGUGUUGUUUUUUUAAAACUAUUACGAAAACUGCUUGGAAAAACGAAAAAUAACUCUCCCGACACACCACUCAAAUCCAAAAUGCAACAGAAUAGCUCUAGUCGAAAAAAAAAUCGCACACAUCAUAGUAGAAGACCGUUAAAUUCCAUGUUCUACUCCGAAUCUAAAAAUAAACAACCUAACCUUUUUCGUGCAUUUAUAGAAGAUAAUUAACGAUAGGAAAAAUUAGUGUUAUAUGACAAACGGUAAGAUUUACUGCGAAUACGGACGUAUUUUAAGUCCUAUUUACCGGUGGUGGCAUCGGUUUCCGUCGAAAUAUUAAUCAUCAUUUUAAAACCGAGAUUAUAAUAUAUUAGAGUGAUGGCGACAAUAAUAUAUCAAAACGGUCCUUUAAUGCCUCGGUUAUUUAACGUGUACGUUUGACAAUGUUUUACUAUAAGUAAAAUAUACUUUCGGUAUAAUGGGCAUUAAAAAAAAAAAAAAUUAACUUGAACCCCGUGAUAUUGAGUCCGUCGGUGUCUACAAUAUGUUUUCGUUAAAUGCGAAAUCGUUUUCGAAUUAACUCGUGGUAAGCAUUGCAAGUUCGGAUUAACGUGUAGGCUGAGUAGACACGUCGUGGGUAUACGCAAUUACGCGGUUAUUAUGUCUAUUGUUACGUACUAAAACCUCGAAAUUGUCACAAAUGUUAAAUUUAUAAUGUUUCAAUUAUUAUAAUUUUGCAUCGUAAAUUCAAAACUAAACAGAAAAUGAGUUUAUCAGAGAGGGGAAUGCUUAGGUGUAUGAGUGGAGUGACGAGGGAAGGUAAGGAACGAGUACAUUAGGCGUAACACAGGAGUGGCUUCGAUAGUAGUGAAAUGAGAGAAAAUAGACUGAGAUGGUUGGGCAUAUCGUGAGGGGAGAGAAAUCAGAAACAUUCAGAAUACUAAUGAAAAUAAACGGAGGCAGAAAGAGAGAAACUGAAAAAUAUGUGGUUUUAUGCGAUUGAGAAUGAAAUGAGGACAGCCGGUGUAUGUGAGAUGGGAGAUCGGAUCAAGUAGGUGUUUAGGACGAGGGUGGCUGAUCGAAAAAAGCUGGGUGAAAGGAGUGUGAUAAAUUCGUGAGAUUCAAAUCAAAUCGUACAACGCCGAAUUAAGAUCGGAGAGCAAAAAAAAGAAAUUGGCAACGCCUCAAUACCGUAAUACGAGUGUCGGGGCGAAUGCCGAACGACGAUGUACGAUGCCGUUUGCUUAUUUCUUAUCAUUAUUUAUUAUUACUGUUAUUUUUGUUAUACUUGCUGCGGUUUAUGCGGUGCCACAUAGUGUUUGAAUUCUUAAUUUUACGAUCUCGUUAUGUUAUAGCCCGUCAUAGCAUCCUAUAUCUGUAUCGAAAAAUUGAACUUUGGGAAUAUUAUACGAUUUUGGAAAAAAUGCGAUUUUAUAUUAUUAAAAAUUCGGAAAAUAUUCCUCAAAACGAGUAUUGACGUUUGAAAUGCAAUUAUCGUGUUCGGGGAAAAUUGAACAUCACAGAUACCUCGUUUAUUUCCCCGUGUCAGCUAAAGAAAACCCGAAUUCGAACACUGUAAUGCGGCGUACGGAUUAACAGAUUCUGAGUGCAGUGAAUAAUGUUUUAUAUCGACUUGUUACUAUGUUAUGUGCUUUUUUUUUAUUAAUAAUUAUAUCAUGUAUGAUUUUCUGCACUUUCACGCAUACAGAAACAUUAUACUUAGUCGUAUACUAUUUUCAAAAUAUUCUGCCUUUUUUAAAAUUAUUUAUAGCUAUUCGGAAAUUUUGAGUUGCUUUAGUUUUAAUUUGGCAUAUUAGGAAAAUCAUUAAACACGAAGAUUUUUAUUUUGUCUAUCAAAAAAAUACUGAACUAAAUUCUGUUACCUUCAUAUUUUUUUUUUUUCCAAUACAGGGUAAAAUAAAUUAGGGUGGGUGAAGUAUAGCUUUAUUUUGUGUUCCAACUGUCAAUCCGCAAAUAUUGAUUUACAGCACAAUAUUUAUAUUAGGUACUCUUCACUCUCGGGUUAUUACCUAUCCUUUAUUUUUUCUCUUCCGGACCGGGUUAUAAACACAAAAUAAAAUCCGUACGUUGUUGUCGGGAUGUUCUUCGGAAUAUCUGACAGUUUGCUUGACAAUAAGAUAUCGUAUAACGCGUGCGUCAUGGUUAUGUAUAUGUGUAUAAAGGUAUAAAACCCGUAGGGCGCGAAACAAAUCAACCUCAUUCGGCGGCCACCGACAACCUGCACCGCAAGAGUGUUGCGUAAAAUGUUUUUACAGCUUUUUUCUCCCUUUGCAAACGACGACGAAUUAACCGACAGAUUGGCCGGUGAUAAAUCGACAAACGGUUUACCUCCGCACACGUGUAAAAUUCGCACAGGCUCGCAGUAUGUAAGGUAUAGGUAUAAGUUGAUAUUUUCUAAAACAAAACGUUUUUCAAAUCGUCAGACCCAAUUAUACGGCGUUAUUUUAAAGAAACCUAAUUUUCUCAAAAGAUCAUUUUCCAUUUACUAUACCGAUAGUGAGAUUGUUUUUAUUUUUUUAACGCAUACAUAUUAUUUUAGAUUCGAUGAAAGAUUAACGAAUCGAUCAUUUUAGAUAAUAUUUAUUUUAUAUUCAGUGUCAAAAAAUACAGCCAAUAUUUUUAUCUAGAUAAAAGAUAGCUAAAUAAUAGUGAAAGACGCAAUUUUUUUUGAAUAUUACCUUAACUGCAUCGAGAUAUGAAUAUUUCAAUGCAUCACGUUGGAGUGUCAAAUCUACAAAAUCAACCGCCAAGUUUUUAAUAGCGAUUUCGUGUUAAAACAGGAAAAGGGUAAAUGAUAAAAAGCGCUUAUUUUUUAUUGAAUAUCAGCUGUUUUUUUCCCGUGCAAUAAAAAUAGAUAAUUUAUCAUUUACGUAUCGAACGUACGGUAAUUACGGAUUACGAAAAUUAAUAAUAAUGUUUUUUUUUUUUCAUCCGUGAUACCAAGGUGAACCAUAAACCAAUAAAAAAUAAUUCGAUUUUUAUACUACAAAUAUCUAAAAACCGAAUUUUAGGGAAUGUUGUUCAAUGAAGGCGAGGGGAAUGGUCGAUUUCAUUAGCUAUAAAUCUUCUCUGGACAACGUGGUACAACUCCCAAAGUUUCAUGGCGUUCGGAUGAAUGGUGUAGUAAUGCAUUAAGGACAAAUAGACAUGCAUUCGUUUAUAUAUAUAUAUAUAAUACAGGACAUAGAAGAAAAGAUAAGAAUAGGAUAGAAGAUGAAAAAUCGGUUAUUGUUGUACAGACGUAAUAGUAUGGUUUAUUAUUUGUGAAUUUACGAGAUGAGAGCUUAAAUUUUAAAAAAAAAAAACUUCAGAAAUGUUGAUAUCAUUUAUAGCGCAGUUAUAAGUAGGACAAGGUGGGCCAUUGUCACAUUUGACGCAGUUAAAGCCACUUAAAUUUCUACGAUUUACACGAAGUGAAGAAUCGACUAAGUAUUAUGCAAAAACCUAAACUUGCGCUUUACUACCAAUAGGUACGUCACUAAUCAGUACUUUGUGUCUUCAACAACUACGUGUUUACCCCGAAAUCAAUCAAGAAAAUAAAGACAAAAAAAAAAAAGACGUUUUGUUUUUAUAUGAAUAAAACAUAAAUAAUUGUAGUAAGCCGUUAUCUAGAUUAUUUUUCAGAUUAUAUUCAUCUCGUUACUCCCGACAAUGAAUUUUUAUUGUAAUUUUCCGCGUUUGUGCGUGUGUGCCGUGUGGUGCGUAUGGCCAUCGGAUUGUGUAUCAUCCCUAUGACACCCAGAAAUGUUUUAAACCGUUAAAAACAGCGUUCGCGUCAGGUUCGGAUAAUUUAUCGUUGUUAAAAUGAAUACAUACCCGUUACGUUUUACCGAAACUCGAGUGUUCUACGCACAGAUAAACACUAAAUAGGUUUAUACUAGCGAUUUGGGCUAUUUAAUGGUUUUCACAAAGCGUGUAUGUAUACAUGUAAAAAUAAUAUAAAAUACCGAUCGUAUGAAUAAUCUUUAAUAAUAUUAUCGAUUAGUUUAUCGAAUAGUUUUCCCUGAUAAGAAAAUAAUUAGAUACGUCUCAUUUCAUCGGUUUUAAUCGGGAAUACUAUAUUUAUUCGCGAAAAUUCAGAACGGUCUUAUAAAUGAAUUUCCGUAUACAUUUUGACAAAUUAUUUAUAAAUAGUCUUGUUAUAAAUUUCCUUAUCGCAACAGCCACCGGUCUCUACACGUAUUACAAAUUGUUUAUUUGUAAUCCAUCCGGGUGUCCUUAAGAAACUUACGUGGAUUAACUCUCAACUUAAAACUUUUAUACUUAUAAUACACGCUCUCCCUUAAUUUACCCUUCAACUGCAGUACACUGUGAUAAUGUAUUUGAAAUACCAUAAUAUCGCUAACGUAGUGAUUAUUACACAUUUUAGAUUCUGAGUGAAACGAGGGAUCUAUUGGUUUUUCUAUGAUACGUAUUUUUGUUUUGUCUGUAUAAAUAACUUUUCUCCUAGAAAUUUUGGUCCAAUCAAAACAUGAUAAGUGACCUUUUUUUGCCUUUGAGAUUUGCUUCUAGUUGGUACCUUAGAAAAGUUAUUUUUUGAAAUUCUCAUUAGUAUUCGAAAUAAUGCGGGAAAACGGGUUCUUUAGAUGAAAAAAGAUUAAAAAUUCGAUUGCCAUUAGCAACCGUUUUUAUUUAUUUUCUGUUAUUAUAUUAAUCAAUCUAUCUAUUUUCAAACAAUCGUUGUCGUGAUACACACAAUGUUUUAGAUUCUGAGUGUAGCGAAGAAUAUAUUGGUUUUACUAAGAUGUUUUUUUUUUUACACCGAGUACAAAAAUUCUGCCAGAAAUCUUGCUUAGAUAUCUAUGCACGGCUCCAUUUCUAAAAGGGAAUAUUUUACUUUUAGGCGGUCAUUUUUCGAUUUUCCAUGUGGUUUUUAUAAUAUCUGCGAAAAACCCAGAUAAAACGUAAGAAAAACGGGAAAUUCACGAAAAUAAUGCUUUCAUUAUUUUUCAAUUUUGUCAUUUGUUGUAGUUCAGUUUAAAAUAUUCAUAGAAAUAUGAAAUUUCAACAGAAGACUCAUAGUUGCCUUUUCUAGACGUGGUCAAAUUUUCAAAAAAUGUAAGCCAUUUUUUAAGCUAUUUAUAUACAUUUAAAUUUUGCGAGUUUUGUACGUAAUUUUUAUUCGAUAGAUACUUUGUAGUAAAAUUGUUAGACUUAAAAUAACUGCUUGAAAAUUUAACAGGAGGUUUAUUAGGAGUCUUUGUAGGAUCAAAAAAAUGAAAAUUUGAGUUGAAUGUAAAAUUUUUUUUAUAAAGGAAUUUCAAUGUCAAAUUUUGACGAAAAUUGUUGAGUAAAAAUUUAAGUGGAACAAAUCUAAUUUUUCAAUUUUUUUUUUUUUGAACAUAUGUAUAUUGUCAAUUUAAGAACGAUGGUAAAAUUAUAAUUUAAUGGACUGACUAAGUUUUGAAGUUAUAGCUUUUUAAAAUUCUAAUAUUAUGAGGAUAUUAUAUGUUAUGUUAAACGUAUUUGUUCGCAAAAUUUCAUUUGAAACUAUAUACAUAUAGGUAUGUGUUUUUACCUUCUGAACAUUGACGAUCCAAUAAAUUACUCUGAUUUUUAGAUUACUUUUAAGUGUAGCAGAAUAUAACGUGCUAAAUGUCCCAUUAACUGUAUACGUUUACGAAAGUACACGAAAAAGGGACUCGUUAUUUUUGAUUCAAACGUAAUAUCAUUUUUUUCCCAAUGUCAAAACUGCUGAGUAAUGUCCAGGGUCGUUUAUCAUAGAAAAUAUAGGUAUAAACCUCGUUUAGUGUUCGUAAUGAGUUAGACGUUUAAACUUAAAACCUAUAUUUUAUGAACGUAUUUAAUUUAUUUAAUAUAUAUUUGUGUUUUAUUUAAGUAAUCUAAUGUAUGUAAUUGUAGCCCUUUGUUUUUUGAAUAUUCCAAAAAUUAUUACAUUGAAAUUGUUAAAGUUCCGUGCUAUUAUCUCCAAUCAAACCCAAGUACUUAAUUAAAAAUAAUAAUAUUUAAAAAAAAAAACACACGUAAACCGUACUGACUUAUUAACAAUAAUACAAACAAAAUAACAAUUGUUUUUAAUUCGUUAAAUCUUUAUUGUUAUAAAAAAAAAAAAAAAACAAACAAAAACAAAACUUAAACCAACGUAUCACAGUACAAAUUCUCGUUUGUUCAAAUUGAACAUUUAAUCUAUUGAAGGGUGUCCUACCGCCCGCAGUUUGACAAAAACCGUUUUGCGGUGGAAAUAACAAUUCUCAAGCCAUAGACUUAAUCAAGACAACAGAUUAAAAGGAGAACCUGAACUUUACAAAGUUUAUUGGUUUUAUUUUUUUGAUGCUACAAAAUUCAAAAAAAAAAAAAAAGAGUUAUUACUGUCCUAAAAUCUGACAGUUUUAAGUUUGAAAAACUCGAAUAACUUUAUCAGUAAUUAGAGAUAAUUAAUAUUUUGUUUUUAUUUUUAUUAAAACGGUGAUUUUAUUGAUUUUAUUUUAUUUAAUUAAGAAAACCGGGAAAACCGCCCUACAGUAUCCGGUUUAGGUUCGGCUUGGGCCUAAAUUGGGAUCAAACUUACGAUUAAACAAAAACUGGAGAAUAAAAAUAUGCUAUCGAUUUAACUGUUUAUAAACUGCAAUUUAAACGCUAAUCGAAAACUUUGUAAUUAAACAUAUUUGUAUGACAGAGUUUAUUUGAAAUACAAUAAAAGAAAAUCAGUUUAUCUCGGUAUAAAUAUUUGAUGCUGCUAUUGUAAACUGUCGGUAGGUACUCGGGUUCCUCUUGUUUAUUAUAAUUUGACAUUUAUUACUGCAGUACCUAUUUGUUUUGCAUUGUCAAUAUAAGUGUACACUUACUCUAAAAAAUUUAGUAAUUGGCUAUUAAAGAGUAUUAUAGGAAAACUAUGUAAUCUCAACUAAUAGUAAUUCUAUCGUCACUAGUAAGACACAGUAAUGAAAUAUCAAAACGUAAUAUAAAAAAAAAAACAAACAAAAAUACACUAAACGUCCGUUUUGAUAAUACCUGUAUCCGGAAUAGCAUAUUAUGAAAUUAAUUCCAUAGUAUAAGUACGUUUAACACUCGAUAGAUUUAAAAACAAGAAAGAAACGUGUUACGUGAUAAUACAUGGUUAGCAAGAGUGUAAUUUGUGUUUAUUUUUUUUUCAUCAAACAAAAUAAUAAUUCCACUUGAAAUAUAAGGACCUAUGUUAACCUUGCGUAAGAAUGAUUCAUUCAUUAUAACAUAUCGGGGAGGCGUUUCUUAUUAUCGUCUCACAAUUAUUGAAAUUAGGAAAUUAAAUAUUAAACCAGGCGGACGAAGUACGCAUUGUGUAUGGUAUAAUAUCUUAAUCGAUGUUUUUUACGUUCCGAUGGAAUAAGUUGUUGAUUCUAAAGAUAUUAUAUUACAUUACACUCUUAAGUAGUAAUAACUUUUUAAAAACCGCGUAAUGUCGAUACCGAACUAUUGAGUUGACAUCGUUAGAUUCAUUUCGAAAUAAUAUAUACCAACACUAAGUACCACUUGUUUACAUUCAAGACGUCUUAAACCUAUAUCCAUAGAUCAUACUAAAGUGGAUAUUUACAAAGAACUUGGGUUAAAUUAUAAUUUCAAUAUUCAUAAUCAUUAGUGAAAUCCUAACAAGCUCUGGAGUUCUCACUUAAACCAUAUUAUCAUUUUAAUUUUGCAUUUCAAAUCAUUUUAUUGAUAUUGAUACGACAAAAUGUGCUCAAAAUUAUUUAUGUUGGUAUGUUACAGGUUAUUACAAAAAAAUUCUGAAUUUUAUUUUUAAAUCAAAAUGGAUGAUUCUGUAGAUUUUCAUGAUGAUUACGAAUUUUGAAACGAACCAGUUGAAGUUAGAGCUCUCGGACAAAGAUUUUUUUUAAAAGAGAUUUCGGUUUACUAAAUUAUUAAUACCACGAACUAAGCUUCGUGAUGACAGUCAGUGGCUAUAUUUUGUUCUGAAUUCCCGUGGUUUUUGAAAACGAUUUCUUUUUAUAACGGAGGCAGUAGAGAAUAAUGCAACUAUACUUAUAUACGUAAUAAGAACACAUGUAGCAGGGUGCAAAUUUCAAUUUUUCGUACACAAAAAUAACCACCGAUAAAAAUACAAUACCUGCCAACUGUAUACAUCCGGAAGCCCUCCCUCCGUAAAAGUACUCCAAUAUAAUCUCGGUUUGAUUUUCAUCAUAAACACGUACUCUAUAUGCAUUUUUUAUAAUCGCUCUUGCCGUCAUCUUAUCCUGGAUCCGCCUAUGAUGCGAACAGUAUUUCGGAUUUUUUAUUUAUUCGGCAGUUCACGAUUUUUACGUUGGGUUCAGCCGAUUUCGUACGAACGUAUUUGCAUAAAAUUUUCUACAUAUUCGUGUAACGGACCUACAUAAUAUUUUAUGUAUACAGUAAUAAAGUGUAAAUAUAAAAGCGUUUUUAACGAGAAAUCGAAAUAAAACAUGACGUAUGCCUACUCUAUGUCUCAAUAAUAAUAAGAUGACGACAAACGUCCGCACUAACAUAUCAACGCGUUAUUUAUUACUAUUUUAUAGUUUUAAGAACCUUGGGGAAUUUGGAAAUAUAUUAUAUAUUAUAUUAAUGUAAAUAAAUAGGACCGCGGUGAAAAAUUUUACACGCCAAACGGCGCGGUUUACUUAAACAACAAUAAAUAAAUCACGAGUAAAUCACAACAAAUAAUAAUUUAGUUCACGAGAAUGUUCGCAUAUUACACACGCUACAUUUAUUUUUUAUACAUAUAUCUUUAUAUACAGUGAUUCACUAAGUGUGCUCACUUCAUUUUUUUAGUUAAAUUUUGCAUACGUUCAAAUUUUGAUUUUCGUAAUUUUUAAGUGUAGUUAAAUCCGUUAAUUUCGAAUUUUUAGAUUUUUCACAACAUUAUUAAGCUGUAUCCUGCGGAGAUACCAACGUUGGCUUUUCAAAAUGACAACCUAUAUUAAAAAUUCCAUAAAUAGACGGAAUAUUACUUUAAAUUAAUGUUAGUAUCAUACAUUUUGAUCCAUCAACCCGUUUAUGAGAUACUCCACUUAUAAGUUUAAGUAGGGUGUAUCAUUUGUGUGGCAGCACGGUACGCGGCAUUUUAAUAUUGCUCCUCUACACUUUUUCUACUUACACAGAAAAGUAAAUUUGAAAUUCAGUAUUUGGAUGUAUGCAAAAUUUAAUCAAAAAAAUGGGGCGAGCGCAAUAAGUGAAUUACCCUGUAUAUAUCGAAUUAUUAAAGUAUAUAUUUCUAUAAAUAAAUCUACUCAGAAAAAAAUAUACAUAAAAUAAAAAUACCUUCUAUACUAGGUGAUUUUUUUUUUUUUAUCGUGAACCAACAAUUUUCUUGGGCUAUUUUAAGUGAAUUAGUUUUAUGUUUUUUUUUUUUAUUUUUUUAAACUAUAGUGGAAUUGUUGAAGUUUUAUUUUAAAACUGUUUUAAAUAUGUUCACCCCCGACUCUAUGUAGCUUAAAUACGUAUUAUACUACUGCGUAUCGAAAUGUCUAGAAAAAUAUUUUCUGUUCGAAUUUGAGUUAAAAAAUGGGAGUUCCUAUUUGAAAAACAAAAUUACACACUUAUUUAAGGUAAACGGAUUAGGGAAAACAAUUUAAAAUGGUUUUAAAAUAAUGGUUACACGAACCUACAAUGUUUAAACAAAAAAAAAAUUCACUUAAAAUUCGGCUGGUGCAUGAUAAAAAAAUCACUUUAGCAUGUAGACAAUAACGCUAUAAAUCAAACACAGUAAAUAAUAUUACGUAUUAAAAUACUUGGGUUUCAAAAUAAAUAUGAUCGAAGAUAAAAAUUCGUAAAAAAAUAAAUAAAAUUUGGUCUGUAAACAAAACAAAAAAUAGUCUAAAAAGUUUUUGAUUGGAGAAUAACUUUAAAAACUAAUAACGUGAAAAAUAAAUAAAAGUAAAAUACCUGUGAAAAAAUAUAAACUUUUGACACUGAUGUAUUGUUUAAAUCGUUCCGUUUAAUUAUCUUGUCCGUCACAAAUUCGCGUUUUAAAUUAACAUCAAUAUGUAGUUCGUUUUCUCUUGUUUUAGAAUAAUGUACAUAACAUUUUACGAUAAGUGCGAUUUACGUCAAUCGGUAUAUUUACUUUAAAUAAUUCGCACUAUAGAUUUCGUAAUGAUAAGCUGUUAAAUUAUUAACUGUCUCACGAAAAAAAAAAAUAAAUCCCGUUUUUUGUUCAAUAACGAUCGAUCAUGAAUUUACGAUAGACAAUUUUCUUUUUUUUUUUCUAAAUAUGUGCCUUUUGACAUUUGAUUUCAUUUAAUCAAUUCGUAAUUCGUAACGUUUAAGUAUUAUUAUAAUUCGUUGCCGUUUACGUUUUCCCCGCGUCGACGUAUUUAUGGCGUUAUUAAUUAUUACGCGCUUAAACUUGCAUUUUUUUUUUUUUUCAUAAAAUCACUCCAUGACUCUACGAUUCAAUUUGAAGAUUGGUUUUCAAAAAAAUUUUUACAAUAAAUGACUUCUCCAUUUUUCCAUAUUUUUGAGAUCGCUGUUUUCCCCGAUUUUAGUUUCUUUUAUCAAUAAUCGAUUUAAGUUAUCUUAUCAUACAUUUGUGUUUUUCGUAAUGUUUUUGACAAGGUGCUAAAACCGUUAUCAAACAGAUAGAAAAUGUACAGACAUCGUAGUCGAAGGUUAUACGGUGAAAAAACCAGAAUUGUCAAUUAUUUUUCAAACUGAGAAAAACGUGUUUAUUAUUUUUAAACGUAACAAUUUUUUUUAUCACGCAUUAAAAAUUUCUUAUCAGGUUAACGCUAAACUUUGAAAUGUAGUCACCACAACACAAUAAUGUCGUAUCAAAUUAUUAACACUUGUCUGGUUAUCGAUUGCAGACUUACCUGAUUUUAUUACUUAUUACUUUGGGCUAAACUAGUUUUUUCGCCGGUUCUAUCGCAUAAAAUAUACGGUACGUCAAUAAAAAUAAUUGAGGAAAAAUUUACAAUAAUACGCUUCAGUGAAUCCAAACAUUCUCCGCCAUUAUCUAAUAACUUUUGAACACUGUAAAAAAAAAAAAACAAAAAUUUCUUAUUGAUUAUACGUAGUCGUGUGGGGUGAAUAAUUUUCAAACACAACACGAUAGUUGACAUUGGGUGAAAAUUCAGAGUUGCCGCGUCCAUAAAACAAGUUCUGAUUUGUCGAAAAAUAUUGGUAAACAACAGCUCUAUAAUACUUGACCUAACCUAACGACGUCUAUAUUCGAGCCAAGAGAUUAUUUAACACGCGAUACCGAUUGAAAAAAUACUUCGCGCAAUAACACUAACAGUUAUUUCCAUUGUCGAGCGAUGGUUUCGUUGACUUUCGUCAUUUAUUGUUCAGCAGGACCUUUUAAAUAUAUGCAUGUAUGUGUAUCAUUUUAUAGCAUCAGUUACGGUCGUUGUAAGAUCACUAAUCCAUAACGUCAAACUAAACAAUAACGUUUAAAGAGCUCGACUUUAGUAGCAUUAAUAUUAUUUUUUUUUUUUUUUCAAAGCUAAAAUAACUCUCACUUGUUCGUUGGUGUCGACAUUACAACACGCGUUUCUUUUAUUUUACAAGGUCCAGGACGAGAUGGAUCCGGGAGACGGGUCCUUGAUGCUCAUCUAUUCGAUACGGGUCGGUUUUUAAUUGUGUAUCAGUUAGACGCGGAUUUCCAGUGUCUGGUGUGACUUUCAAAUGGAAAUUAUGUGAUAUGAUAAAAUAACAGAAUACGAACAUAUUUUUUUUAAUGAGCGCAGCAGGUAGCAGCAGGUUCGAUUAAAUAAUAUCGCGCGAAUCUUGUUAAAAUUCGGUUUUUUUUCUUUUCGCACGACUGUUUUUCAUAUUCUGCGGUGUGCAAAAUAUUGACCACGUUGUUCGAAAAUUUCUAGUAACGAUGUAUUUAUAGGGGCACAGUAGGGAUGGCGUUUAAUCGCAAUUUUAAAAAAAUAAUAAUGCAUAAAUAUAAGAUGACGUCAUCGUAUGCUUGUAUAAUUAUUCGAUUGUAAAAUUCUUCAGUUGUUAGUGACUAUUUUAUGUUGCAUAAAAAUAAUAAUAAUAAUAAUAAUUGAUAGUAGUGUUUAUUAUCGUGUUCCUAAUAAAAAUAUAUAUUUACAUCUUUUGUCUUUGAUCUGAUUAUCCUUUAUUAUUGUUAUUAUUAUUCGAUAGAACAAAAUUACAUUUUAGUUUUUAAUAAUUCAAUUAAAACGUCUUCGUAUAAAUUGUACACAUUUAUUGUUUGUUUGUUUUUUUUUUUUAUUACUUUUAUUUUUUUGUAACUCUCAGUUGCGUAUUAAAAAAUGCUACCGCUGGUUUUGUUUUAAAACCGAACGGUUCUCUAUACAAUUCUACACAGGCCGAUUGCCAAACAUUAUGGUGUCGGCGUGUUAGACAAUUUGUUUCUUUUUCAAUUAAAUAUUUCCAUACUAUCGACUGUAAUGAAUACCUAUUUAAUUAUGCUACCGUCUUACAAUUUAUACUUACACGGAUACCUUCGGCACGUUUAAAAAAACAACUUUCCGCGAUACCGCGGAUUUAAUUUCAUAAAAUUUAACAACAUUGUAUAGUUUUAUUGUGACUACAGUAUAUGGUUAUCUUCGUUAUAAUUAUUAUGCUCUCGGAAGUUUUCCGCGAUUUUCGUAUAGAUACUACGGAUUUUUUUUUUUACAUUUUUCGGUAUCUUCGGCCGGCAGCUAUAAUAUAAUAAUAUUAUGUGCCCGCGAGUUUCUAGCGAUGUUCAGUAGCUUGUAUUUUUCAGAAAACGGGCUAUAACGGUCCCGUUAAAUUAACAUAAUACACUGCAUCGUCUUGCGUAUCUAUAUUAUAACUUAAAAAUCAAACCUUGUACGUAAAGUGAAUUAAAAACAAAAAUCUCCUCAUUUAAAACCAAUUAAAUACUACUAAAGACCGCCAGAUAGUUUGAACCUAUUAACGUUAUUAUAGUGCUAACAUUUUUUUUGUUUUUUGUAAUUUAGUUUAAUCGUUGUAUGCAACGGCUUUCCCCCUUAAUGCACCUAUGCUUUUAUCUCUUUAUUUAGGAAAAUUGAAAUUAAUACGGUGUUUGAUACUAAUUAAUUUACGAAUCGGUGGUUAUUAUAAAAAGGAACUAAACAAUUUUUUACUAUUAUUAAAGUAACCGAAAUCCCAAUACGUUCCUAUUUUUUUUUCGUUUGAAAAAACUUUGCAGCUAAUUGAGUUUUCGGAUAGAUCGUAUGUUUUAAAUUCCGAGUGUAGCAAAGGUCACUUUUUGAUUUUCCCAGGAGUUUUCCCAAUAAAUGGGAAAAACAUGGUGAAAGCCGGAAAAAUAGAAACAAUACCAAACUAAUAUUAUUUAAGAAAAUAUAUGCGAUUCAUAUAAUGUUAAUAUUUUAUCAUAAUGUGGCAUAUAUAUUGUUGGCAAAGCAACACUAUUAACCAAACUCCGCUCAGAAUCAUGUUUUUGUCAGUAGUGCAACAAAAAAAAUUCUGGCAGUACAAAUCGCAUGCCAGUUAUCGUAAUCAAUUAUUUUUCUCAGCGUGUGUUGAAAUCCCGACCAUAAUUAAACGACAAGGUACGCACUUUUUUCGCGAACGCCAAAACUUGAUCAACGCGCAUAAAAUUGUAAGUUCGUAAAACUGCGCGUUGACCGCGAGGUUAACGGGUUUCCGCAUACGAAAUCCUGUCCGUAUAAACAUGCGGUUUUUUUUCGUAAAUAAUUUCAUAGAUGAGUUUAUUCACCCCGGACUCGCGCCCAGAUAUUAAACGGUUUUUGUUUUGUACAUUAUUUAACGUCUGUAUACUUACCGUUUGCACUCUACGUAUAUAAUAUAAUAAUAUACGUAUAAUACUGUUGCACGUUUUUAUAUCGGUGUUUACUCGUUUCGCAAGCAUACAUAUAUAUAUAUACACACACAAACCAUUCGCUGGGACCCCGCGACUUCCUGAACAAACAUCACCGUCCAUUAGACAAACGGACGCGGAGGUCAGAACGAAGGGCCGAGUAUAAAAUUAUAUACGUAGCGAAUUCUACUCGAAUUUUCCCACUCGUCCGCGUUUAAACGACCGAGCGAAAAGCAAUUGUUAGCACUUAAAAACAUGCCUGUACGUGCGCAAACGCGCGGCGAGUGCCGUAAGAACCGCGCGAGUGUGAACGUCGAACGAUUUCUGCAUCCGGCUAAAGUUACGGCCCGUCGAUGAUUUUUCUUAAACGAUAAUAUACUCGACCCAUAGCGAAAACAGAAUUUGAUACACACCGCCAUAUCGCUUACUUACCCACGUUAAAUAAAUAUAGAAAUUAUCUACGGAUGUUCAUACGAUAAACGUGUAUUGUAUUAUUGUCAGAUACCUGUAUAAUUUAGUUUGUUGUUUUUUUUUUUUUUUUUUUUUUUUUUUUACAAUUUUAAACGUGCGAUUUUACAUUCACGCGAACAAUAUUUAUUCAAAAAUCACAUUGUCGCGAAAUUCUUUUCGAUUACGAAAUUUAGCGUAAAACGAAUUAUGACAAUAAUAUAAUAAUCUCGUUAUAUUGUACUUAUACUAUUGCAUAAUUAUUGUCAAUUUACAUUUGAAAUUUUUCACCAUCAAUAACGAUUUAAAUUUAAUUUUAAAACCAACAGUGUUUCUUAACCUUUAUGAAGGCCGGGGUUGGGGUUGAGAUAUUUUUAAUAAUAAACCCAAAUAACGAAGAAUUUGUAGAAAAACAAUCAAGUAAUAAUACUUAUAAGUAAUAGUGCCUAUAAUAUAUAAUUAUGAUUGUAUUGUAUAAUUUAUCCUUUUUUCAUAUAUUAAAUUCUACAUGUUCUGCUGUUUAGUGAAAAAUAAAAAUAAAAAAGAAGUCGGCUAUUAUUGCUGGGUCAGUAAAAUUAGUGGGUAAAUCUUGAAAAUCUACUAGAGGAUAGUGGUAUAAAAACACUCGUGAGAAACGAAGCUCUAUCGCUAUAAAUAUAAAGAGUCGAAUACACUUUUCCUAGCUCAUUUCGUGUUAUCAGAAAUGUUUUUUUUUUUUUAUAAUAAUAAAUAACCGAAUAGCUGCAAUACAAUAUAAUAAUUAAAAAAAAAAAUAAUAAUAAUUGUGAAAUUUGUGUAUGAAAAUAGUUAAAAUUCUUUUGUAUCACGUGAUAAUAUUACAAUUGCCACUGUCAAACCCUGCAGACAUAUCCUGUAAUAAUAAAAUGCAUUUUAGUCUCUACUUUUGGUGAAAAUUCAAUAACAGUUUAGGAAACACUUAAUAGUUUGGGAAACGAAUUGUGGUAACUUUGCACCGCAUAACAUAAAAUAUUAAUUGGCGAAAUGUACUCUUACACGACUUUUUAAAAUAUACUAACACAUAAUAAUAAUUAAUUAUUAGUGACAUUUUCGUGGCGUUUUUUAUUUUUCGCCCUACAAAACUUUUACAUCACAAAAAAAAAAACUCUUUCCAAACCGAACUUACAGUUUUAAUUGAUUGACGCGGUUUUUCAAAAAUAAUUUUUUAUUCGUUGAGCCAGAUAUUUAUACAUAGUGCCCACUAACACAGUGUGUUGUGUGUUGAAUAACUAAACUACAUAAUUGAAUACGGAUUGACACGAGACGCGACAGCUAAUAUUUGCAUAGGCGUGGCUAGGUAAUUUUUGCAAGGAGGUGCGAAAAAAUGCAAUGCCCGCACGACACAACACUAUUUUACUUAAAUCUUUAAAAAAAAAAAAACCAAUUACUUUAAAAUAGUUUAAUCACGCUGUACAUUUUUUUAAAUCUAAACAAUCUAAAAGUUGUUUAAUGUCUGAUUUUAAUUUUAACACUUUAAAUCCUUCAAUAAGAAUUUAAAGAAAUCAUUGCAUACAUUUAUCAGUUGACAAAGCCAUCAAUGAAUUAGCAACUAAGUCUAGGAAAUCAGAUUUCGUGUUAUAAAAAUAACUAACAAAAUUUAAUAUUAUAUAUGCUAUUUUAUGACAUAAAAAUGAUUAUAAAAUAUUUUAGUUUGUUAAAAUAUGUAUAUUAUUGGUUUUUACAACUCUUUUAAGUCUGUAGGUAUAAAUCUUUAAAUAAGAAGGCGAAAUAUUUUAUUUGUAACAGGUAAUCAAUUUUGUUUUAGUAGAACGUAUUUUAAUCUCAAGUAACGCAUUAUAUAUUAUAAUUUUGGCAAUGUAGUGUGUAUGUAUAUGAUAAUGUAUACUAUGGAUAUAAUUUAAGGCCACUGAUUAGGGAGUUAGGGGGGCAGAUAACUGGAUAAAAUUAUAUCCUCCCCACAAGACAAAUACCUAAAUACGCUACUGCUGCGCACCGCCCUAUAGCCUACGUCCCACGUCCCUUUAUGUAAUUUUAAUAUCCAUCAAAUGCAUUUUAAUUCAAAUUAAAAAAAAAAACUACCUAAACAAUUGCAUUAAAUAAAAUGUACCUUAUACCAGCCGCGGAAUAAUUUCGAUUAUUUUAAUAAGUACGCGAAUCACGUCUUAAUAAUUUCUAAAUAAUAUUUUGACCUGACUUUUUAUAAUCAAAUUAUCGACAGAAAAUUGUCGAUGUUAUAAUAAUAAACUAUCUAAUAGCUUUUUAUGGUAUUUUUAGUUGAAUAUUUCAAUCUCAUUUUAUAUUACUAAUAGAUAAACUUGAUUAUAAUAUAUAUUAUGGUCUCCGUAUAUUCGUAUAACUAUACAGUAUUAAACGAAUCAAACUUCUUUUAUAUCCGUCAGGUCAAAAUAUUAUUAUUCUACUAGAUUAUACUUCACGGCAAUUUUGAAGUCUGCGCAUUUGAAAACAGCGGGCAAGUAGCGUACUGUCUCAUAUUAGUUGAUUCGUAUAUAAAAAUUACUCGUUAACCUACUUUCAUGAUUAUGACGACGAUAAACAAAAAUGCACGAUAAUCAGAAUAUUUUAACAAAAUUAGCGUUCAAAACAGCUAUUUCUAAAAAGGAAACAUCGGAACACCGAAACAAUAAUUAGAACGCCUUAUCUUAACACAGCUUUUGAAAUUUUUUUUAAGAUUAUGCAGACAAACGGAGAAGUACUCGGGAGUAAACCCCUAUGCUAUCACUAUAUAUUACUACGCAGAUGACGCCGGGUUGUGGGUACUUGAAGAAUCAAAAAUACAAAUAGAAAACAAAACUAAUCAAUAAGGCUAGUUAGGUUACCUAGUCAAAGGGCAAGCAUUUAAAUAAACAAUGAUACAGUCAAGUUUCAUGUUCAAGGUUCUUAGACCAAGGAUGAUAAUAUGUUGAUGAGUAGACGUCCUGCGAUGUUAUUGCGAAACUCCAAUAUCGGUCGGUUGUAUUCUCCUUUGAACUAUACAUAUGGUAGAAAAUUUCUAAUACUCGGGCGUUGUGCUCAAACUUUGCAUACAUUAUUACUUUUUUUUAAAAAGAGCAAAUCGACAUUUAAACGAAAAGUAUCGUUAUUUAAAAAAAAAAAAUGAACACAUACUUCGCGCACGAAAUCGGGAUAGUAGAAAGGAAAUUUGAUACAUAUCUUUACGCAACGUAUAUUAUAGUUAACGAAAAGAAGUUCGCCUAUACAUGUUUUGAAAGGCCAUAAUAUUUGCGAUUUGAAAAUAAUACAUUUCGUAUAUUUUUCCGUUUUCCUACGGGUUUUCCCGGUAUUUCCCAUUAAUUAUGAAAAACAUUGAAAAAAUCUAAAAAUGACCCACCAUUCUAGAAAAAGCACUACACUUAAAAAUCGUAGCAAAAUUUCUGAUAAAAGAGUUGUUCACGAAAAAUAAAUUAACAUUAUUUUAAAACCAAUAUAUUCCUCGUUCGCUAAAAAUCUAAAAAUCUGAGAAUAUUAUUGAAAAAAAAUAAAAAUAAAAGUCUUAUAAACUUUAAAAGUAUAAUCUAAUCUAAUUUAAUGGACAGAUUGAGAUUUUUGAAAAUUUACAAAAAUUGCCUAGCAUAAAAAAGGUUGGGAACUACUGCUAUAGAGUUCUUAAUUGUGUCUUAGUACACGACUUAUCAUAUGCCAUCGUCAUGAUCUUCUUCAAUUACUUAGCAAGGUUCUUUUCUCUUUAAAUAAGCCUAACACUUCUUCGUAUGUCUUCAUUCCCGUUCAUUUAUUUUCUCCAUUUUUCACCAACACCCCACAUUUCUAAAGCUUCUAGAGUAGUUUCAUCUUUUUUGUUCAAAGUUUAUAUUUUGCUACCAUAUUAUACUCUAUACAUACGUUUUAAUUUAACGAAUUUUUUUUGUUCUUAGAUCUACAUUUUUUGAUGUUAGUUAUUUACUGUUAAGUAUAAGAAUGCCCUUUUUCGCUUGCUCUGUUUUAAUUUUUAUUUCCUAUUUUCUUUUCUGGUCUUCUCAAAUAUUUAAAUUGAUUUAUUUGCUCUAUUCUGUUUCCUUUUAUAGAUAUAUUUAUAGUUGGUUCAUUUUGUUUACUACAUAUUAUUACUCUUGUUUUUACUGUAUUUAUAUUUAAUUUGAAUGUUUAUAUCAUCCAUAUCAAUAAGUGCUGUUUGUAGAUCGUAUUCAGGUGUAUCGAGCAAUAUUAUAUCAUCUGUAAAUCGUAUCAUUGAUAUUAGGAUACCUCUUAUUAUUACUACUAUAGUUUUUCUCUUUUAGCUUUUAUUUUAUAUCCAUUAUCACUUGUUCAACGUAGACAUUGAAAAGAGACGGUGAGAGUGAGCAUCCUUGUCUUACUUCUCUUUAUAUAAGCUGUCUUUCUUGUAAAGUUAAUUUUAAUUUCAGGCUCUUCUAAAUCCUUUUAUACGAUUAUAAAAUUAAUUAAUAAUUUGUGUAGGAAAUAAAUUAUUGUAUAAAAUAUCGCGUAAAUUUUUAAAAUAAUAAUACUAUAUAAUACUGUAUGACUACGUAGUGGGUAUAAUUAAUAUUAUUAUUGAUGGGCGCAAUCUAACAGUCCACUACCGAACUAAUCGAUAAUAAUAGUCGAUCGCAUUCGAACUCUUCGAAUAGUUUUUUGAAAUAUUCGAUAGUAUUUCCAAAUAAAAGUAUUCGGUCAAGGGAAAAAAAUAUUAUAGUUCAUCCAAACUACCGAGAACCACCGACAAGUUUAUAAACUUAUAAGUGAUCGUUACUAAUUAUUAUUAUUGUGCCGUGAACAAUAAUGAAGAUAAUUUGUUUUUAUUUAAUUGAUUAGAGUACCUCUAAAAUAACCGAAAAAAAAAAAAAAUGUUAUUUAAUAAUAAUUAUACUAGUAUAUAGCGACGUGUUUUUUAAUACGGUUAUGGUCAUUUUUAAAAGCUUAACGAAAGAAGAAAAACAAAUGCUAAAAUUCGUUACCCGUAUUAUAAUAUAAUGAUAUAAGUAUAUAAAAGAUUUAUUUUUUAAUUACAUAAAAAAUGAAAAGGAAAACCAUGAUUAAACUCGACUUUUAUUCAGAACUACCGCGUCAACGACUAACGUAACGUUAUUUUGCCGGUCUAAUAAUUUUUGUUUUUUUUUUUAAAUUAAAUUAAAUUUGUUUAGGUCUUUUAAUUAAAAAUAACGCAAUAAAAUUAUUAUCUAUUUCUUGUAUCGUAGACUACCAAGACAAUUAUACUAGUAUGCAAUAAUAAUAAUGAUAAAGACAAAACAGUGUUUUGUAAAGAUGCGUUUUUAAAUAGGUAUCUAGAUAAUGAUGGGAGAUGUUUGCAAAAUAAUAUUGUCUAUAUUAAAAUAAAAAUAUAAAAACGAUUAAAUUAUCUCUAAAAAGAUAAAAUAUAAUCCGCAUCCAGAUAACCUAAAUUAACAUUUUUUUUUUUUUUACAUCAUUGUAUCAGUGAUUAGAGGUGAUUAGAUAGACCUAACCUCACCCCCCAGCCACCAUUGUUUAUUGUUCAACUCAAUUAUUCUAGUACAUACAUGCGGACUUAGUCUCUCUUGUGUUUAGCCUUUGGUCUACAAUAAACUUAAUUAAAAACAAAAAAAAAAACUUAAUAUUGUGUCUUCUGGGUUCAGUCCGUAUUCUCGGGCCGGCAUCCAUCCGCCGCCCUGGACAUCUCGUUCCACCUCUCCUCUGGUCCGCUCUUCAAUCUAACCUAACCUAACCCUAUAUCCAUCAUAAAACUUAGUUGUAAAAUUACCUCUAGUAAAACAGUACCAGAUUUGGUAGAAAUCUAGAUUUCAAAAAUUAUGUCGUGUGAUUCAGUAAUUGUAUACAUUUAUAAUUUACGAUUCACCAAGAUUUAUCUAUGGGUUAUUUUAGAACUGUUCAAUUAUUUCUUUCGGAUAAUGGUUCGAAUGACUUACGUCAAAUUUAUUGAGAUUACAUAAAAAAUAUAAACACAUAGCUAUCUAGAUAAUAUAAGAUUUGAUCAAGACAAAACACAACACUGAUCCUACAUAUGCAGCCCGUGAAAAUAUCCCUCUUUCCUACAGGCCAGGAACAGUUCAAACGGUGGAAGGGGGGGGGGUAAGGAGGGUUGAUCUCCACCAUUCCACUUCUACUAAUAACUAUUAUAUUUCAUUGUAUUGUAUACAAUACAAACAAAUUAUGUUAAUAACAAUAAUUAAAGGAGGGUAUUUUUUAUUUCAAAUAGUAAUACAUUUUUGUUUCCAUAGUAAACAAUUCGGAUUAAGUUAAAUGUUUAAUCCUCAAACGUAAUAAACAGAAUUAAAUUCUGUUUGAAUCACACAAUUAUUACACAAUUGGGUUGAAAUAUAAAUACAGAACAAUCGUCUGUACACUAAACCGUAGACAUAAAAGUGAAUUUACUGAUAAUUUCUCUGUAUACUCGUCUUAUCCCCCGCCCAUGACGAAAUCGUUUGAUCGCCGCUGCUGUAGGAAAAGAAAAGAAAAAUGUCAACGUGCCAUGAUACGCGUAUGAGUGUAAUAAUUGCGAUUAAAAAAAAUAAUGUGUAUGGGGUAAAAAAAAUUAACCGACAGUUGAAACCGUGUAAAGAGAUUUAAUUCGACGGUCGCGCGGCGGAAGUGAAAUUUACCGAGAUAACCUAAAUUCGUUUUAUACCUGUGGCAAAUGUGUUUAAAAUAAUGACGAGCUAAAAAAUAAAUACGCGUUUACGUAACUUCAAAAUGUAAUACGUCGCAUCGCGUAUAAUAAUAUGCUCGUUGCAAUUAUUAUGUUACACGCGGAAAUUAUGUUAUCAAUGUUUUUCGAUAAUAAUAAUAAUUACGUGAAAUAAUGUUAAAGCGUAUUGCUAUAAUCACACAACUCCGCAUCGCACGGUGCCAAUCCACACCAUUUUAUUUUUACGCGAUAUGUUUGCAGUUUUACGGAUUUCGCCGUUCGCGAGCAAACUCAUAUACAGUAGGCACCUACAGGUGCGAUGCGACAUAAAUCCGGAUUUCAGGUUUUAGACAAUCAAUAGAUAGAACGAGAACUAUGGAUUUGGGACUUGGAAAUACAAGACAUUACGGUUUCAGAUUUCAAAAUUCGUGUUGUUAAUUUUUUUCUUAAUCUAAUCGAUUAUGCGGACUACAAAGUGGCCCACAAAUAGAGCACACAUUGCCUAUAUCUCGUGAAACAAAAAAAAUCAAUCAAAUUCUGUUUUUUUUUUGUCUUUUUUUUACAUUAAUCAUAGAGAUAAGGACUACAGAUAUUUAUAUUUGUAUGUUAUACUUGUUAUACGUAAUCUUCUUCUUUUUAUUUUUACUUUCAGCUGUACAGGUAAUCUGCAGCGUUAAAUAUUUCUUUCCGUCUGUCCUGUACCAAUGUCAACUCCUCGUAGUUUCAUAAUACGCCUAAAUUUUCCAAAUAUUUCUUAACUUUGUCUAGUUACCUUUGUAGAGGUCACCCCAGGAAUUUUUCGUUGAAAAUCUAUAAUUUCUAUCGUUUAUUUUCAAAUCGCGUUACCUAAUUUUUUUUUUUAGUUUAUUUCUUAGUUUGCCUUUUCCGUAGCAACCGGAAGAAUACUAACCUAAACAUCGUGGUGCAAACAACAGUUAUUGAAAAAUAAUAUUUUUAAAAUAGUUUCAAUUUUAUUUUCGCAAUAACAAAUAUCACAAUCGUAAUUAAUGGCAUCCACAUUAAAAGCCUUCGAUGAUGGUCUGCAUGACACCUCGCAACCGUGGCACAAGAUAUUCGAUUGGGCCGAAGCCCGGAGUGGAGUGCACCGGCUGAAACUAUUUGGAUUCAUCGUGAUCACGAUGGCCGGUUUUAUGGUGUCUGGUUACGGAUCGGCGGUUCUGAGCAACAUCGUCGGAUUCUCGUAUCCCGCGUACACCAGCGUGAAGAUGGCUCGGUUGGCCCCGCAGAACACGAUGACGGACGAAUCAAACAAGACGGACAAGAGCACCAUGGCGCCGAACUCGUCCAGAUGGCUCACUUAUUGGCUGGUAUUCUCGACCGUCUUGAUAAUCGAACAAGCGUUCGGAUGGGUCCUCCGGAUUUUGCCGUUCUAUUACAUAAUCAAGACAUUGUUCCUGAUAUGGUGUUUCGUAAAUAUCGGUGCGAAUGGCGCCGAGUACAUGUACGCGUCCAUCAUACGCCGUUAUUUCGGUAAAUUUUUCUCCGACACCCCGGACAAUCCCAGUUCGUAGGGUGUGGCGCCCAGUACCAGGGCGAUCGCACGUGCAUAGGCGCCCGCAAACAUUUGUCUAUAAUCGGGAAGUGGCGAGCAGUAUAAAACAUAACGUAGCAUUUUACAGGGUAGAAUAAAAAAAGUCAAUAUAUGUGGUUUAAAGAUAAUACUUUUUUGUUUUUCAUACUCCAAAAAUUGACGUUUAUUGGUUAUGACUAACACAAGAUUUUAUGGUAUAAUUUCGUUAUAAAAUUGUGCACCCGUUUGAAUGGUGAAACAUUUUAAUGUUAUAUUGACAUUAAAAUGUUAAUUUUUGAUUAGUCAACCAUUACCUGUGCCUCAGUGGGGUUGUAGUUUUAUGAAUAUACUAUCCUUGAUAUUAAAAUAACCCAAAACUUUACAGCAAUAUUAUUGUAGUACUAUACAUUUAAUAUAUAAAAGUUCCUUAUACAUUAUUUGUAAAAUUUAUGGUUUUCCGUCAAUUAAAAUAAAAAAAACGAUCAAAGUUAACGUUUUAGAAAAUUAUAUUAGUUUUAAACUUUAAUUUCUUAAAUUUUAAAGUUGCACGAAAAUCGUACAUAAAUUCGAUUGUAAAUUAUAAAAUUCCUUAAAAAACAGGUUUCUCGAUGAUCAUUUAAACAUUAUCCUUCUUUUUGUAAAAAUCAAAAAAAACCAAAAUUAUGAGUAUUUUAGAUUCUGAGUGAAGUGAAGAUUGUAUUAGAUUUACAAUGACAUGUAUUUUAUUUUAUUUCUUUAUCUAUACACAACUAUUAGCAAUUUUGCUUCGAUCUACAAUAAUAGUAUUUUUUUUAAAGAAAAUCUAACUAGAAACAUGUAGCUUAUACAAACUUUUUGUCUUUGUAAAAUUGAAAACUAUUUAUUCUCUUCAAAAUUAAUUAUAGGUAUUUAAAGCAUUUUCAUUGGUAAUAUCAAUCGAGUCGAAUAAAGUUAGGUAAAAAAAAUGCCAAAUUAAAAUGUCCAUAAAUAGCUCGAAAAUGGAUUAAAGUUUUUAAAAAAUUUUACCAUGUGUAGAAAAAAUAAAUUUAAAUUUGCUGUUUCUACAAAUAUUUUUAAUUGAAUUGUAAACAAAAAAAAACUAAAUUGAAAAUUAUAAAAACAUUAUUAUCGUAAAUGUUACCGUUCUUUCUUCGUUUUUGUUUUUUUUUUGUUUUUAAUUAAUUAUGUCAAAAACCACUUUGAAAAUCUAAAUACGAAUUAAUUACUUACUUACCAACUAUACUUAAAAUUCAACAAAAAAGAUCUUAAAACGUUUUUCUAUUGAUGCAAUUUUUUAUGGUAGAAAACUUAAGCCUUACAAAUUUAAAUUAUGAAAUUUGUAUUUUUUACCUUUUUCUAAUUUUUCUAAUUAUUACUAAUGAAAAAUACUUUGAUAAUCAAAAAAUUACUUUCUUUGUGCACAUCUAGAUCCAGACUAUAACAAAAAAAAAAAAAGGUUAAUUCGCAUUUUUUGAUUAAUGCAAUAUUUCUAGUAAAAACACAGUUUGCAGGCAUUUAAUGAAGUCUUAAGGCACGUCGUUAAUAUUUGCACAAAAAGCAUAAUGGCAUUCGAAUUUAAUUCAAAUAUAAAUACAUAUUUGUAGUUUUUAUCCCUGGGAGUAAUAUAUAAAAUAACAAAAUUUCAUUAUCUUCACUACCUCAGGAAGUAUAUUUUCGUAGAAUAGCGCCUGUAUAUUGAAUAUAAAAAACGCAUGAAACAAAUUCUGAUAAAAAAUGUUUGCAUAUUUGCAUUAACUGACAUGGUAAUAUUUAUCUUUAAUAUAGUUAGAAUUAAUAUAACAAAAAAUACGAUAACAAGAAUAACAGCAGAGUCAAAGUUUAAUAAAAAAAACCCAACCCGCGAGCGAGUCCCUGACAGGUAGACGAGAGAAGGCGGAUUAUCUGUAUUUGCAUCACGUAACACACCAUUGAAGUAUGGAAAUUGCAUUCUCCUCCCCUUCCCCCCCCCGUUAUCAUGUGUUACGCGGAUUUUGUAUGAGAUCGACGAAUAUCGAUGGGGUCGAAUUAAAUUAAACUUAAGUUUAUCGGUUUGAAAAAAGAAAAUCCCAGUUAAUUAAAACGUCGCCGUCGCGAAUAUAAUUUUCAAUUAAAAUAAUAAUUCAAAUUAACGGGGCUCGUCCAAUUAUCCAAUUCGCCCGACCCUAGACAAUCCGAUUGACUAGAGUUGUCUAUAUAAUAAUAAACUCUCGAGAUCUAAUUUCGAAAAACAAUUGGUUCGUUCUCCACCCGCCUUUCGGCUGCCGUCCCGUAGAAUUUACCCCUAAGACGCCACUGCCGGCAUGUACGGCGCGCAAUAUUAUUUUAAAUUGGAAAAAAAUAAAUAAAUAAAUACACGGUAGGCUAUAAUCUGUUUACCGCGGCCGAUCCAUCGUAAUACGCGAAACAACAUAAAAACUAGCGAAACGAUUUCUGGGCCAAAGUAUUAUAGAAAAACAACACGGCGAAAUUCGAACUCGCGGCGUGCAUCUCUCGUACGCGCGCACGCUAUUCUUCAACUAAUGUAUUUGUUUGAGCCCAUAAUAAUUUCGACUCUUGGCGCAACUGGAACGAUUCACAUCGUUCCCAUUGACUUUUGAACGACGACGUGCACAACAAUAAAAUAAUAAUAAUAAUAAUAAUAAAUCGUCUGUGCAGUCGCCUUGUCGUCUCGGACAUUUGUGAAACGAAUGGGAUUACUAUACCUAUACAUACCGAAAAAAACUUUUUUUUCCCCCUCGUUUCAUCACAUUUUGUUGUCGUUGUUAUGUAGGUUUUAAAGUAAACAAUAAAAAUUGUCAAUAUAAAAUAUUUUACGAGGUCCGUUGCUCGAUCGAAAUGGAAAAAAAAAUGACGAUAAUCCACUAUAUAAUAUUAUGUUUAUAAUACUAUUUUCCGAUUAAAAUAUUAUAUAGUAAACCAAAACCAUAAAAUGACCGCGAAAUCGUGGGAGAGAAAAAAAAUUUUGAUUUUUGCAAUGACGGUCUCGUUAUUAAAGCUUUUUCUCUCUCCUAAUUUUGACAGAGACGUUUUUUUCUUUCUUAAAAAAUUGUUCUGUUUUUUUUUUUGUAGAGAUCUACUAAGAAUAUAUUUUUUUCUUUGAAGAUCGACGUCCAUCAUAAAAGAAAAAAAUAUGUAUAACAAUUAAUUAGGAAUAAACAUACAUGUACAAAUAAUACAACUGAAAUGUGUAGUAAAAUUAUGUUUUUCAUCGCACUUUUAUUAGGACUCUAAUAUAAUAAUAUUAUAAAUUGCGUAUACCAAAAAUACAAUAUUGACAGCAUAAAAAAUAUCUGACUGUGUUACUUAAUAAGCUAAAACGAAAAACAAAUGAUCUAAUAAGAUGAAAAUGAUCGGUAAUUGAGAUUUAACUACGUCUAUUAAUUGUAUACAAAUAAAUUAUAACAAAAAGAUAUCGACAUUGGAAUCGUCUGCGAUCUACGGGUUGAUCGUGAUGGUCCGUUUGACCGCUCCUGGUAUACACUGAUGCUCAUUUCGAUUUGACCUUUGAAAACUCGUGCAGCAUAUGACAUGCUGCACGAGUUUAUAGAAAUCGCAUUAAUAUAUAGACCCAUAAAUCAUGACUAAAAAUCGUUGUAAAAUAAAAACCAUGUUUCACACAUUUAAAAAUUAAUUCAUGAUUAUUGGUCAUACAUAUUUUGAAAAGUCGUAAUACUUACGAUUUGAAAAUAAUAUGUUUCGUUAAUUUUCCCGAUUUUUUUACGCGUGCUCAUUUAUUAUGCAAACACCUGGGCAAAACAAAAAAGUGACUUCCCUGAAAAUACCAUCGCAGGAAAAUUUCCUUUUGGAAAAAGUGCUACACUUGAAUAACAGAACGAGAUUUCUGGUAGAAAAAUUGUUCACAGAUAAAAAUAAAUAAACAUUGUAAAACCAAUACAUUCCUCGUUCCGUUCAGAAUCUAAAAUCAAUGAAAGUUUGUAUACCAUAUUGCAUAUUGGUAAUAUGUCCUAAUAUGCUCUUAUUUAACCAUGUGCACGAGCACAGGGCACUACCCUUCUCCCCCUCCCAAAAAAAAAUUAAAAAAAGAUAAUAAAAUAUAAAUCGAUAAUUUAAAAAUAUUUCCGGUAAACAUACGAUUAAGUAUCUAAUAAGUCAUUAUUAUGGAACAAAAUGUAAACAUAUUUUUUUAAUUAUGCAUGGUGUGUAUCAUUUUUUGCAAUUAAAUGUGUUCUUCUUUAGCACGCAAUAAAAGCUGAAUUUUUAGUCAUUAUUUUGUCUAAUCAAUCGUAAUAUUACAUUGCAAUUUAGUUGAAAUUUUUUUUAAAAGGCCCCCAAAGUAAGUAUAAAUAAUACACAGAGCUUCUAUUCCUUUAAACCGUCUAUAUAGUAUACUGUUCGAUGAAAUAAUAUAAUAAUACCCGAUCUCCUAUUUCGACAUUUUGCGAUUCGGAAAUUCAAUUAAAAUCUGCAACCUAACCUACUUACUUGCUUAUAAUACGUAUGAUUACGAUUGUCGUCGGAGAGAUUUCGCGUAGAUUCUUCGUAUGACAGUAUCACGGUAACAGGUCUGUGUUGUUUAAAUAAUGCGAUUUAACAGUAUAAAUCAAUUAUACGAGAUUUAAUUUUGUAAACGAACCCGCGUAAGGAUAUUAUUCAAAAUAUAGUGAUAAUAAUAUAAUAAGCACCGGUAUUAGAUCGGUAUACCUACACCGAAAUUUAAUAUUACGCCCGAAUCCCGGACCGACGCAUAAGAUAUUAAUAUUAUUUUAUCCUUGUAUCGUCAUCGUUUCUGGGGACCAUUUACCAAAAUCCCGGCGCUGCUGAAAUCAACUAGAUUAAUAAACUCAAUAAUAUUUCGGUUUUGAGCCCGUUUUGCAGACCAACAUGAUUGUAAAUUUACAUGGUCCGUUAACAUUGAAUGAUUGUAAAUGAUAACGGAAAACUACUGUGAAUAAUAAAGGUUCCACAAAUUUCAUCAUCACUUACAUUUUCAGUGAUAAGCUGACAUUUUAUCCAAUUCAUUGUUUUAUUAUCUACGGGCGCUGUCCCGUUUGCAAUAUUUCGUUAUUACGACGAAUAUAGGUAGUUUAUUAUAAAUGUCGAUUUUGUUAAAUUUUGUUCAAAUAAUAAUACAAUGUUGAUCGGUGUCAGAAAACCACAUAUAUAUAUAUACGCAUUACGUAUCUAUACUAAAUAAUUUUUAAUUUUCAAAAAAAUUACCGAUAACUGGUGUCUGUAACCAAAAAUCAACAAAUAAUAAACAAUGAAAACAGCACCCAUCAUUUUCUAUACUAUAAAACAUCCCCUCCCUUCGUAAUUUUCAAAAUAUUCACCUCGCCACUUACAAGACUCGUAACGAACCGCGCCACUGUGCAUAAUAAUUUACCUAUAUUUUACGAUGGGUUUUUAAGCGCGGACUGUGUGCGUUCGUUCCAUUAAAUUAACGGCAAAAAUUAGAACGAGACCCUAAACUAAUAGAAAAAAAAGGGCUAUUUUAAGGCACAAAAAAAAAAAAAAAGAAACGCCACCCGUACUUUAUAUAUUUUAUUAGACAUAAUAUAAAUAGACUUGUCCCUGCGGUGUAGACCGAAUAUCGAAAACGAUACAAUAAUAAUAAUAUACAGAAUGAUCCAUUUAUGGAUACGUGAACCAGCGGUUAUCUCGGAGGAUUUUAAUUGAAUUCGAUUUCGUUCAAACAUUUUAUGCGUUCAAACAUGUUUAUUCCUUAAAAGACAUCAAUGAUUUAUGAAAUAUUCAUUAUAAAAUACAUAUAGACCUGAGGAGUAGGAAAUGGUAUUACAUUUCAUAAUAUCAACUUUUAGUUGGUAAAUGUAUAACUUAUCGGGUCUGAAAUUUAAGCUAUUAUACUCAUAUACUAUAUGUCCAAUUUGAGUAUUAUGCAUAUUGUUACAGGAAAACAUUCUCUGUUCAAAUCUGUGAUUAAAAUUGGGGGGGGGAGAUUAAAUAUUUAAAAAUUCUUAAGUAUAUAAUCAUUUCAGGUAUAAGUAAUAGAGGGUAAAACCGAAGAUAAUAUUAAAAUAUAGCUUGAACGAGUCCAUAAGGACUAAUAACAGAACAAAAAAUACGGACAUACUUCGCACGAUUGGUGGGCCACUGUUGUAGAUGAAAAGUUAGGAUGGUAAAAUAUAAAAUUUAUAUGCCACGAUAAACCCUUGCUAAUGAAAAACAAUUUGGAGCAAAGUUUUUUUUUUUAUACGAUUACGUACAUUUUCCAGUUUUUCCUAAGUUUUCCCCAAUCAUUAUGAAAACCGUUCAGAAAAUGUAAAAAACGACCUCCUUAAAGUACCACUCAGAUUUCCUUUCAGUGAAGGUACUACAAUUGAAAAUCGAAGUAAGAUUUCUGGUAGAAAAGUUGUUUACAGAUAAAAAAAAAAAAAAAAUCAUAAUUGUAAAACCAAUACCUCGCAACGUUCUAAAGGUCUAAAAAAAAGCGAAAAUCAAAUUCACUUAAAAUCUUCCGAGAAAGUCACUGGUUCAUAUUAUUAUGAUAAACAGAUCACCCUGUAUUAUAUCGUUUGGAAGGUGCGAAAGGUCGCUCUAGUGUUUCAAAACGAAAGCAUUACUCGUGCAUAGAAACUGUUUUAUAUUCGAGUUUUUAUAUUUAAGACGUUUGAAAUGGUUUUAUUUUAAUUAGAUCGUGUUUCGGACCAAAUUCAGGGAAAAUAAUUUAUUUUAAUUGCCAGUGUAGAAUUUAAUUUGUUUUAUCGUCCCUUUCUUUCGCGCGCGGACACUUUGUCGCUUAAUUUACCGCCCGAAAGACACCCGUCACUCUUUAUCUAUAUAUGCGAAAAAAUCCCAUUUGUCUCGUGGUUCUCGUGGACGAGAAGACGGUAUGGCAGGCUGAGUGUACCGAGUCGGUAUAAAUAUAUAUUUCGUAUACCGACUGUCGGGCGCGAUAGUUUGUUUAAGUGUACCCACUUUCGACAGGAAUCCCCGUUACGUCUUCCUUUGCCGUUAUAACAUAGUAAUUAUCUGCCACGCUUAUAUUGUUCUAAUUAUUCAAAGUUCUCGACUAUAGCGAUUUCCGACGGACAUAGUACAUGCAGACUGAUAUCCACGGAAAGGGAGAGUGUAGAGUAUGGCAUCUAUACCCUUUGCGAGAUCAAGUGGUCGCUGCUAGUACUGAAUUACUCAUAAUAUUCUAUGACUAACACCCUGUUAGUCGAAUUUUGAUACCUCAUUUUAAUUUUUCGAUUGACUUGAGAGAAAUUCCGAACAAAAAAAUACUAUAUUAUUAACCUUAAAAUCUUUGUCAACGCCUAAGUGUUAUUAGGUAAUAUAACCUGCAGGUUAUAUUAUUCGGUUGGACAAAAUUACAGUUUUGUACUACAGUGUGUUUCAAAAUGAUUCGUUCGAUUUUAGCAGACUAUAAAUAUUGUUUCUGUAGUUAGUGGUAAACGAAGCAUCAACCAUAUGAAUAGUUUCGAUAAUGUGCUUCUUUGCCGAAUGACGUGAUCUAAUUAUUUGUUAACGUAAUGUUGACCGAGCAAAAAAGUUUCCGGCCACAUUUCGAAAAAGUAUAAAUCUUACCAGACCAUACAAUCUGUGGUUUUUUUCUAUGGAGUUACAUAAAAAGCAAUGUUUUUGUACCUCUCUUUCCAAAAGAUCUUGAUGAAUUGAAAAUUCGUAUUACGGAUGCUAUCAGCUUGAUUACAGUCAACAUGCUUCAACAGGUUUAUAAGGAAUUUGAAUAUUGCUUAGAUGUAUAUCGUGCAAGUAAGGGAAGUCACAUUGAACAUUUGUGAAUAGUAUACCUAAAACUUAAUGUAAUCGACCAACUUGUAAAACCUAUCGUAAUCUGAUUAUUCAAAUUUUGCAAUAAAUAUAAUUUUUUUGAAAUCGGAUGAAUCAUUUUGAAACACGCUGUAUAUAGUGCCUUUCAGAAAUGGAUAAAAUUACUAAAUUUUGCUUUAAUAAGAAUCAAAACGAAUUAACUUAUCCACAGUAUACAAAGAUUUAAUUUUAUAACUGCCUUAACUAAUUUAAAACCUAUUUUGAUUUAAAUUAACAUGGUUAGUGAAAUGUUACAAACACCAUACUAGAUAUCUUAGAAAACGUAUCAAUUGUUAAAAAUAUCAAAGAAAUCUUUAACUGACCUAAAGAACUGACGAAGACAAUUAUUCAAAGACAUAUGACAAAGUUUUGGACAUUUGUCGGAAACAAGAAAUAUAGAUGCAAAAUGAAAAUUGUCAAAUUGAGUGGAUAGCAACAAUACUCAAUAAGUUAUUUCAGAAAAAAAACACCAGAAUGGAAUGUUUUGUGUAUUAUACCGUUUUAGAUGAAGUUUCAAACAGAUUAGUUUUAGCCAAGAAACACUUUCAUUUAUAAGUAUAAUAAGGACUUUUAUUAUAUUAAUUGAAUAUAAUUAAAUAAGACUUAACUUUACUUUCCAAAUUCUUUAACUUUAAUUACAGUGAACUAAAUGCAGUUAUUCAGAAUGCUAAAAUGAUUUCUGGAAUUACGAAUAAAACUCCUCAUCAAUGGUUAAAUAAAUUGUCUACUAGUAACUUUAAAUAUUAACUCUAUUUGUGUAUUCUAUAACUCUGAUAACUGUCACAAGUUACUCCUGUGAAAGAUCAUUUUUUAAAUUAAUUCCGGUAAAAACUAAACUCAAAGCUGGAUGACGUAAGAUCGAUUAGAGUAAAUGACGUUAGUAUUAUUGUCAAAUAAGAACUGUCAAUUGAAUCGGAUAUAAAAGAUAUCAUUGAAGAGUUUAAAAAUCUGAACAAUACUCAACGUCGACAUGAACUUAAUAAUUUUCAAUUUAAUAACAAUAACUAACUUAUUAUUUAUACAUGUUUUUAUUUCUAUUUUUUUUUUUUUUUUUUCAUUAGAUUUACCUAUUCAGUAUAAUAUAAUACAUUGAGAAAAUUAAAUAAAAUUAUUUUUUUAUUAAAAUUUCGCUAGGCACGUUUAGCAUAAGUUACCUUUGGGUGUUUAUGAAUUAGGUUGGUUUAUGGUUCGUUUUGCACCUCCUGCAAAGAAGGUCCUGACACGCCUAUAUAAAUGUCUAUAUGGAUUUAUAAACACGACGACGAACACUUGGUUUAUAAAUUAUUAAAAUUUCUAAUUUGUGUUGUUUCAAACGUCCCGACUUUUCUGAGCGUACAGUGAUACUUUGAUAUUACGGGCACGCUCGAAUCCCCUACCGUUCGCCACUCGAAUAGACCGCGCAAAAAUCACCUCCUUAUUUUAUAGAACAGACAUAAUUUACCGUAUCCCGCAUCGCAGGUACACGCAAUUUUUUCAACCCGAAUAAUAAAUACAUUCGAUAGCUAUAGGUACCUUUAAAUAAAUCUGAAAAAAAAGAAAUGUGAGAGUGGGACUCGGAGGAUUGUUACUGCGGUUGAUUAUUAUCGUGACUAAAUGAACAGGUAUGUCAGCAAGACGUGUGCAUUCUGAAACUGACUUCACAUCAGGAGUAAAUCGAGGCACAAUGAGUUAUUUCAUGGAAAAAUAAACUAUGGCCGUGGUUUAGUCUUUAGUAUAUAAAUGUUAUUUUGCUUAUCCAAUAUCAUAAAAAAAAUAAGCAAUUGAAUAUUAAAAUGUAUAGUGAGGGCGGAAAAUUGUUUUGGUUUCGCAAAAUAAACCUGAUUAUAAAUGGCAUGGUGGAAGGAAACGUUGGCCUGAUUAAAAUGUUCGCGUUCAUAUUGAAAAACUAAAAUGACGCCCCCAGUAAUAUGAAAUGAAACGAAUCAUAAGCAUUAGCUUUUCGUUGCGUGACAGUCGUUAUUUGCAAUCACGGAUCACAUAUAUAAAUGCAUACGGGAACCGUUCAAAAUCCUAGUUAUAUUUUUUUUUUAUUACCAAUUUUCAACACUACGAAACUGCAUAACGACUAAUAUACACAAUGUGGACACUUUACGUUAAUUACGAUUAGUUAUGCUGGUAAAUAUCAACUAAAACUUGAGAAAAUCGUUAACUAUUAGCAUCUCGAUCGUAUUUUAUACGACCGGGAUACCGUUCAGAAAUACCCGGGUAGCGAUUUCUUUAAAAAAAAAAAUUUAAAAAAAACUUACUGCCUGGAUUCGGGUAGGCGAUUCGAGUGCAUCGAACCUAUGGACCUAUUACAAUAAAAACAAUAACAACAAAAACAGCGCCGUGUUACUUUUUCAUUUCGGUUCAUUUGUACGGGGUUGUUCACGUGAUAUUGGAACGUGCUUUAAAACUGCGUAAUUUAUAAAUAACGAACUACCGAUACAUUUUCUCUAUACGAGUACCGUUGUUCGAACAAUAACGCCGCGACGGGAAACCGUCGUCGUCGUUGGCAAAUAUAACGGAUUUUCUAUAAGGCUGUGCGUGUAGCAAUAAACGGAACGAAAAAAAAAAAAAAACAAAAAUGAUUGUAACGUCGUUAUGUCGUAACAGUGUAAAAUGGACUCGUAUCGCGUUCGUCGGACGUUUUGAUAAAUUUCGAGAGGCCGAUGGUUCGCUAUUACCGACUAUCACACGCCGUAUAUAUAUAGACGCGUAAUAACAUUGGCAGGAAAUCGUUUUGGAAUAACGUAAUAUGGGGGGUAAUCAUUUCCCGUGCUCCCCCGCGGGCAAAGACAAUGGGAAAGGAAAAACUUCACGUUUUCGAAUCGGCCAAAAAAAAUACAAGAAUUAUUGUUCGGCGACACCGGAAAUAUACUGUAUUAUUGUGUAUACAAAUAAAUAGACUAGUGUUCACGUCGUCGGCAAUACACAGGGCGUUUAUGGUGAAAACGUGCCCGUUUCACUCGGCGGGCCGGUGUCCCGGUAUCGACAUUUUCAGACGUGAUUAUUCCGGAUCAACAAGCUAGAAAACUUUUUAAGUAUUCGGAAUAUUUUCGAAAUACUUUUUGUGUAAAUAAUAUUCGUAUAUCUACAUGUAAAUUAUUCUGAAUACCAUAUUUUGCACGAGUAUUUUGUUCUGAAGACUUUUAAAAAGUAUGUUACCCGUGUGGACAUUGUUUCUGCGUUCAAACGCAGGGCUUUAAAAAAAAAAUAAUAAUAAUAACAUUUCCCUCUUAGAAUAUUUUUACGAGUUCGAAAAUUAAUAUUCCACGAUAUUUCGGAAAAAUGUUCGUACGAAUCGAUAUGCACAUUGUUUUUACAAAUUUUCGCAUCGUUUUGACGUUAAGAGCCUAAUGUCACCAAAAUAAAAAAAAAAAGAAAAGUGAUGUACCAAACACAUAUCUAUUUGUGAAAGAAAAUAAACGAAGGGAAUAUCAUGGUAUUGCCAUACUGGUAAACGGAUAAAAUUCUUUUGAAAGUAAACGCGCCCUGUCAUUGUUUUUGUUUAUUUUAUUUUUAAUUUCAUUUAGGACGACAUUUACGGGCUUUUAAACGUCAAAACCGCGCGGAAAUGUGCAAAUAUGAUGUGACGUAUGACUUAUCGAUUAAUACUUUACGGGUAAAUGCCAUGGAAUAUUUAUUUUGAAUAAUGCACGUAAAUAUUCUAAGAGUAAAUAGAGACAGAAAAAAAAAAAUGAUAAAAAUUUCGUUAUUUGGUCACCCAGCCGAGUUUCGUGAAUCGGUUUUUUUGUUUGUUUUCAACUUCUCUAAAUUCUUCCGUUUUUUUUUUUUUUUAUAUAAAAUUAAAAUAUUUUCGUUAAUUUUGAUUUAUGGACGUUAAAAAAAUUAUUAUCAUUAUUCACACUUACGAAAUCUAUUUGAGCAAUAUAAUUCUUAGACGUUUUUGUUUAUGUUUAUUUUUUUUUUUUUUUCCCCAAGACGAGUAAAUGUUUUUGACGGUAGCCAGCGUAUUGUAAUAUAUAAUUUGAUUAAUUAAAUUAAACUCGAAAGAGCAUUUAUUACUAUUACGAAAUAAGAUAUUAAAAUAUUUUAAUUGAAAAAAAAAAAAGAAAAAAAAACGUUGGUGUUUUAAAAAUUGCGUUUUUUCAUUCGACAGAACGUAUCAUAUGAAAUAAAACAGAUUUCUUUAAAAAAUAAAAAGUAAUAAAUAAAUAAACAAAGUUCAAGUUAAAAUAAUCUGAAUCUUCCCCGACGUCAUAUUAUUACCGUUCCCCGGAUGUUCUUUUAUACACCACCGAUUCCCGGUGCCAUAAUACGCGACACUAUAUAGCAAUACAAGUAUACGUUUUAAAUACGGUCGUCGGUGUUUUUAUAUUAUUAAAUAUGUUUAUAUAUAUAUUUUUUUUUGUAAAAAAACAUAUUGUACAACAAGAUACGCGUGUUUAAAAUGUUUAAUAAGAUGCGAAUAUUACUAUAGGAAAAUAAAAACAACGAAAUGUGAAACGACCGUGUCGAAAUUUAAAUACUUAUUUUUUUCUAAAUGCAGGCCAUUAAGGUCGUUUGCGUGCUUCCACCUAGUUCCUUCGUCCAUUUCGGCCCAUUUCGUCAUCCAAUCGUUUUGAGUUGUCGGUAUUUAGAGUAUCCUUCUUUACCCCGUCUAACCAUGUCUGGCGAGGUUUUUUGAGUUUUUGAUUAAGACAUUUCUUGUGAGAUUUUCGACAGCUCUCCAAACGCGACCAAAUGUUUUGCCUUCGGGAAUAAUCUAAUAUUCGGCUUGUAAUUCAAUUACUAUUUACGUUUUACUAUUGAUUUUAAUUAUUUUGAAUUUACUCUAUUUAAAUACUUGUUACGUUUAGAAAAAAAAAAAAAAUAAAAUAAAUACCAACAUGACAUCUGAUGAUUAUUAUUUUUGUCAUCGCGUUAAGUAAUUCCCACGCGCGUUUCGUUUCGCCGGAAUAUUCCCACAUACAGUGGCGGCGCGAAGGAAGUAUAUUUCAAACACGCAGUUCACCUAAAAACGAAUGGGUGUGUCGUGGGUGUCUGGAUACUCAGAAAUAUAACCACAAUUGUUAUAUUUUUCUACAAAACAAAAAAACAUUAAACGAAUUUUAGACCGCGGAAAUACGAUACAUUUGUAGCAAGCUGGGGAUAUUUUCGGGGUUGGAAAAUUAAAUCGAUGAUUCAAGGUAAAAAAAAUUUCACGUCGCUACUACUGCUAUAUAGACAUUAAAUACUGCAAAACCGAAAUCUAAUCUGGAACCACCCGGUAUAUACAUAGUUUGUCGUUUUUGAUUCUGACUGUUUUUUCGUUUUCAGUUUCAGGCUGCCCUGCUUCAGCGAUGGAACCUGCCGAAGUUCAUGUGCGCAUUCUGCCCGUUCAUUCACGUACUUUCCAUCACGGUUUCCGUGUUCACGUUGACCGCCAUUGCUGUGGACCGACGUCAGGCCAUACUCAAUCCGUUCGCGUGAGUAACAUCGUAGUCAAUAGAGCAGAUUUACUCAUUAUAGAUAGUAUGUAGUGCUCGACUCGGGGGAAAUGCAGGGAAGAUGGAGUACCUGAACUAAUUUUUCAAAAUAUUUAGCAUGUAUAUACAUUAUUAAAAUUAUAAAAAUUCAUAGGUUCAUUAAAAUUACUAGGUUCGGAAAAAAAAAAAAAAUAGUCUUUUUAUUUUUACCACUAAUUUUGAUUACCUCGUGAUAAAUAUUAGGUUAAAUUUUCGAGCAUUUUUUUUAGUCGAAAUAAUUUUAUCUACAACCAAAUAAAAACUAAAAGAACUGAUACUGGGGAUGAGAGCAGCCAUUGUAGUAGGUGAGAAGUUGGGAAGGUAAAAUACAUAAGAAUUUUUCAUUUAUAUUUGUUAAUUUAUAACGAUAAACCACUGCUUACCGAAAGACAAUGCCGAGCGCAGAUCGGUAAUACAUAAUUUGAAGUAAUGUAAUUUUUUUUGCGAUUUUCGUUUAAAUUUGAUUUCAAAACGCUUAUUAAAAAAAAAAAAAGUCACCCGAUGAUUUUGAAAAUUUUAUCACGUCUAGAUAAGUCCAAUAUAAUUAUUAUUACCAAGUUUCAAGUCUCUACGUGUAUUUAUAACCGAAUUACAGUAAAAAAACUCCUAAAAAUUAAAAUUCCUUAAAAGCUCAAAAGCGGCUAAAAAGUUGCGGCGAUGAUACCGUCACAAAAUUAAAUCAAAAAGGCAAAACGAAAAAGUUAUCUUGUGAUUUUUCUAUUAAAUAAUUUUAUCUGAUAGAAAACAUCGUCGGUGUUUUUAAAAUAAUUAAAUCGUGAAAUUAUUUGUUUUCCUACGUUUUUUCCCACUUAAGUGUUUUUAUUUAAUUAAAUGAUGUUGAAAAUCAAAAAAAAAAUGACCCGUUUAAAGUACCAUCUAGACUAAGCUAAAGACAACUUUAGUUUUCAGAAAAGUCGAUACUCUUAUACAUCGGAGCAAGUUUACUAAGAAAAAACGUGUCCACAGACUAAAACUAAAGAAAAAAAAAAUAAACAGCAUUGUAAAACCAAUAGCACUCUCACUACGCUUGGAAUCUAAAAUAGCGUUUUAAAACGAAUAGCAAUCUAAAAAUCCGAAAACCUCCAAAAUUUCAAAUAAUUCGAAAAACACAACAUUUUUGAAAAAUAGAUAAAUGUCUAAAAAAAAAAAAUAAUAAUAAUAUGCCAAUUAGGUCGAAAAGUUUCCAAUGGGAACCGACCCUGACGGAGCAAGUUUUCCGAUAAAAAUUGUGUUUGUCGACCGUGGGGGAGGGGGGGGGGGUGAGGAAAAAAAAACACACGUCAUUGUAAAACUGACGCGAUUCUCGCUACGCGCUAGUCGGAACUAAAAACUAUUUAUUAAAAAAAAUGCCAUACUUCAAACGCAUACGCAUUACGGGGUUUUAGAGCGUGCCGUUAUUCUACACGCGUCACGUUUGUGUUUCGAUAUUCGAUUUUUCGCCGCCCGCCAAAAUACCGGUAUCAAAAUUUCUCGGCGUUGUCGACAGCGAGCACCCGCCACGAUUGCCCCGUUGCGUCGGCGUUUUCAGCCGCGUUCCGUUCAAAUACGCGUACGAGUAUCCGUCCGACAGUCGAAAAUAAAGCGGCCCCACGACCGCGGCGGCGGAAUUUUUCGAACGCCGGUCGCGACGGGGCACAAUAGCCGCGCGCAAUGCGUUACCGCUGCCAUUAUCGCAUUCGGGGACGGGUAGCUUCAGACGGCGGUAACGUGAAACGUGAUCAAUUGUUCGUUUGGACAUUGCACGCGAAAUAAUUACUCCGGCGUCAUGAUUUAUACGCGCGUGAUGCGCGCGCAACAACUAAUUAUAAUUAUUAUUGUUAUUAUAUUGUAUCCGUGUUCCGCGUUACUUUACGGUGAAAUGACACGCGCGAUCAAUCAGCACGUGCCGGCGUACGGACAGGCGAUAUUAUAAACGCUAUUCCGGUCGGCAAAACGGCGGCCUUUCAGCUUCCGGCCGUAGCCGAGGGCGCGUACCUCGUAUCGGUUUCACUGUUCCGCGCGCGUUUUGUUUCCCGUCUGUGUAACAACCGUUGUACCGGAACGCUCCCGGGCGCCGACAGUCGAACACCGCGGGUAUGUUUACGGUACCCGGAACGUUUCCGUCCAAUAGGCGCGUCGAGAAGAUCGGUUUUUUUUUUCGAAUCGUUUAUAACCAUUUAAAAUUGUUGAUUUUUCAGUUCAAUGCGGUUGACAUUGUAUUCUCCCGUCGAAAAUGCCCGAAGUGUUUAUUCAAGGUCCAUUUCAACUUGACAAACCAUACUUAACGGUUAAAGUUAUGCAUAAUGUAAUCAUUCAUUAUUAUUAUUAUUAUUUUUUUUUUUUUUACAAAGGUUUAAAAUUCAAUUUUUUAUAGAAAUUACGAAAUUUUAGAACACAUUUUACCUGACAUUGCUCAGAAUCAGUUUUUAUUCAUAGUGAGAGUAUAAAAUUCAUGAUAUGAGAUGAAUGUCAGAUGACGCACUUUUUAAAAACCACCCGGCCUCUAAAAGUGUUUUUUUACAAUGUCGUCUGUGAUUUCCGUAAAUUUAUUUGUUUUAAAUAACGUUUAAUCAAAUUCGUGUAUUACACAACUUGAAAUAAUCUCAUUUGAAUUACAAAAAACAUCUGUGGGUGAGAGUUAAAUUAUUUAACUCUCGUCUAUAAUAAAACGUCGAUGUAAUUUAUUUCCCAUGAUAUAUUAUGUGUCAUCAAUUAUGCUAUUUAGUAUUUGCAGUUCGGUUUCAAAAGUUUGAACCAAAACGUAAACUUUAAGUUUCAAUUUACAUACGAUAGUAUGUAAAUGGUCCCGUUUAAGUUUCGACUGAUGCCUACGUGACAACGGCAUCAAAUAUUUCCGUCGGAGAAACUCAUGUUGCUACGCCAGUGGUGGGUCCGGGGGGCGAGGUGAUGGUGUCUUGUGGCCGGCGAUAUCAAAAUGCGAGAAUCUUCUACUUUUAAAAACUCAUUUGCGCUUUUGUAUCUUAGUAGUGGGAUAAAAGCGCGAAAAUCAAUUGUAUUACCCGAUACAAUGUCGUACCCGCUGCACUUUCAGUUUAAGUUUAAAAUGUGGCCCACGUUAUAUUCAGCUCUCAAAUAUAUAUGUAGUAUUUUAUAUUAUAAAAACAACAGUGUUCGAGUUUAGUUGAAGUUUAAUUUUUUUGCGUCAUAUUUUAUCGUAAACAAUUAUAUUAGCGGUUGACAAUCAUUUAAAAUAACUAUACAAUAGGUAUAUACAGAUUGAUUAUUUUGGGGAUGAGAUUCUUAACAACCACAAGUUCAUAGAUGUAUAGAUCAUUGUUUGACUUUAUCAGUCGUUUAACUACCUUCCCAACUUUCCAUCCACAACAGUGGCUGCAACCACGUACGAAGUAUGUCCGUCUUUUUUUUUUUUAUUAAGUACGCACAUAAAACAUCGUAUUCUGAAUAAUCUUUUCGCUAAUUUAAAUGAAUGCGCGUAUUCCGAAUACAAAACAAGAAUAUUCUUUAUUAGAACUGCGGGUUCUAUUCGCAUACAUUAUGGAAGAUCGCCUACAAAAAACGAUACAAUUAUGAUAACAAUUUUGUUUUUGCAGUGCCCGAACGUCGAAAACCCAAUGUAUGUGCGUGAUCGGGUUUAUAUGGAUCAUCGGUCUGGCUCUGAGUUCGCCGAUGGCGUACGCCCAGCGCGUGGUGAUGUUCAAGGUCGACUGGCCGUUCUGCCAGAACGUGAACCUGUCAACACGUGCGAUGCUCGGCUACAGGGCUCUGCUGGUGAUCGUCCAGUACGUGAUACCGCUGUCCAUCAUGACUUGGGCCUAUUCCGGGAUCGGGUUCGCCCUGUGGGGCUCCUCGGCCCCUGGUAACGCGCAGUCCCAGCGAGAUUUGAACCUGAUGAGGAAUAAAAAGCGGGUAAGUGCUGUAACGCGGACCCGUACUGUAAUGAUCCGAAAAAUAAACGGCCGAAACGUGGUUUUUCAAAAAGUAGGAAUCCAGAAAGUAAAACGACCAGAAACUAUAAUCGUGGAAAGUUAUUUCCCAGAAAGUAGUAUUAACAUAAAUAUAAAGUUUAUUCUUCCGCGGUAUGCUAGCAGAUAACGUAAAAAAAAAAAAACAUAACCUGAAAAUUCAAAUAUUCCAAUAUCGCUUUGUUUGGUUGCUUUCCAAUAUCCGCCUCUAUUUUAUAACUUUGUCGAAAAUAACCCACGAUUAUUUAUGCCAUAUUGUUAACGAUUUCGGGUAGGUCAGAGGAAAUAUAUUGAAUUUAUGGAAAACUACGAUCCGUACAACUACUUUCUGCGAUUUAAUUUUCUGUUAGUUUUGCAUUCUGAAUUUCUUACAGGGUCCAGUUUUUCGUUCCGAAAGUAAAACAUAAUAUUCGGAUAGUGAUAAUAAUUAUUAUAUUUAUUGGGAGCGGGGUUUUCGGUCGAAAUAUUAUAACCUGCGAUUGCCCAACGGAAAUAAUCGUGAUAUUUGUAGGUACUGAAAUAUCUUUGAGGGGUUGUCUAGUCAAAUAAAAUAUCAUAUUUUUAAGUAUUUCGCAUAAUAUUCGCGAUGAAUUUAGAUUAACAUUCGGUGUUCAUGAGAAACUCGAAUUUUCGAUAGUAUACAUUUUGGACGGAAAGAAACAGUUCGGCCAAGUGAAAACUUUUAGAAUCUUCGAUCACUUUUUUUUUUUUUUGCUAACACUUGAUCUUCGGCCAAAUGUUUACGACCAGAUUAUCAUCACCGUUCUAUUUUUCCGUAUCAUGAACACGGUCGGACAAACGACGAGGGCAUCACGUUGUUCCACCAAUUUCGGUACAGAUCAAAAACAGCAGAGCCAAUUUUCAAUUUAAACACAAAAAUAAUAGAAUAUUUUCUGAACUUUAAUUAGGUACUCUAUACAUUGUUUUUUGUUCUGGUGACAGUAAAAUUGUUUUUUAUUAUUUUGAUGAAUAAUAAAACCUUGCUUCAUAUUCAUUGCAACAAACUUCAUAGCAAUACAAAAUAUAAAAUUUAAAAAAAAAACAACAACACAUUAAAUUGAACAUAUUUAAUUCUAUUUUUGUUUGAACCAUCUGUGACCAUUUUAAUGGUCCUUGAAGCUGAACGUUUUAAUUUUGGUCUGAACAAACCAUAAGUAAUAUAACGUUUUUGAAUAAUUAAAACGAUAAAUUAAAUGAAACCGUGCACUGACAUAGUACCCACUUGUAUAGACUAUAGUAGUGUACUAUCACAAUGUGAUAGUCGUGAUAUUAACUUUUUUUUAUCUAAAUUUGUUGUCCGUACAGUAUAUUCUUCCAUUCAAAACAAAACUUGAAUUUUAACUGUUGCGCCGUGAUACUAGUAAAUAAAAUAACAGAGUCCCGUAUUAUUAUUUCCGGUAACUUAUUAAAUGAUAACUAAUUAAAUAUGCAACGUCAACUACAUUAUUCACACUUGGAAAUAGUAAGCGGUUUGCAAAUAUAAUUUGUUCGUAUGCACUGUAAAUGAUUGUUUGGUUUACGCUACGUUAACAACAUGGGUAAUAGUGCGUUUUGAUGCGAUUUGGAAAUAGUUUCGGCACAUACUAACUACGUCAUUCGAUUUCUUGCGAUAUUUUCUGUCAGAAUAUUAUCGUUGAAGUAUAACUCAAUUUUGCUAAUUUUGUCUUCCCUCGAUUUCGAACUCACAUUUUCUCGUUUCACCGACGUUUUUUGCCGGUUUUUCUACGUUAUUACGUAAACUAAAAUUUAAAUCAAAAAAGUUAUUUCCUGUAGAAAAGCACCCAAUUAGACAUAAUUUUCUAACAGAAACCACGCCCGAUGUCGAUUAUCGGAACGAUAUUUCUGGUAGAAAAAUAGUUUACUGACAAAUAUAAAAAAAUUGCAUUGUAAAACCCUGCAAUACCUACAUUCGUCAUUACGUUCAGAAUGUAAUAACGGCUUUCAUAUAUUUCGCAUCCAGUGAACAAUUUCCGAUAAUUUAAGAUAUCUACUUCACUGUUUUAUAUAAUGGUAUGGUAUCGGUAUAGGUAAUACAGUUUUAUAAAAAAAAAAAAAGCUCUCGAAUAUUACACCAAACAUAUUUAAAAGUUUCACUUGUUCGUAUGCAGAACAUUUUUUUUGUUUUUACGAUUUAGUCAAAAGUAUACGUAUGUUAACGUUGCACAAUAAUGACUACAUUUUCACUGAAAAUUCUUAAAUAUCUUGUAAAAUUAUUCCGCGUCUCUGUAUAAUAUUAGCAUGGUAAUACGGCCGAUCCAUCGUGUACAGGCUGUUCCACGAAAAUAUACCCCUUGAGAAUAUCUCCCGGGAUAAUUCACAGGGUUGACGACUGUGAAAACCGAUGUUAUCACGUAACGUGGUUAAGUUAUUUCUCUAAUAAUCGAUUUUCACACGAAUUAGUAGAAUUUAAAACAGGUGUAAUUCAGAAAUUAUUCGUCUGAUAUAAAUGUGUGAUACAUUGAAAUGUUCAGAAAAAUAAACUCUUCAGAAUAGCUAUACUAACAAUUUUCUUAAUAAAAAAAAAAAUUUAAUUCAAAUAAAAAUAUUUUCAGUUCUUUUCCCUGUAAGUAAUAGAAAAAAACAACAGAAUUUGAUUAUCUUAGCAUUUUUGUUAAUCAGUUUAAAAUUGUAAUAUGAUCGAUUUCGUUAUAGUUCCGGUACAUUAGCUGUCUUUUGGCCGGUUAUUUGACACUAUUAUUAUUGGUUUUAUUUUUGUCGACUGUAUAAGUUUCAAAUAUUGUUCGUUUCCAGUCUCGUCCACUAUUCAGUCGCCGUUAUCAUAUCCCGUCGUCAUCCCUAUAAAGAUUAUUACUAUCGUUGUAUGUAUCGUAGAAAUGAUACAAAACUGUUUGGUCUUCGAAAUAAUCGUAGUCGUCGUAGCACUCCACUGAAACAGAUAUAUUAUCACUGAUAAAAAAAAUAAAAAAAAAAAAAAAAUGGAAUGUCGAAUAGAUAUGGAACAAAUAUUUUGAAAAUUACAUGAAGAAGAGUACGUUUUAAUAUACACGGAGAGACAAACAUGAUAUCAUUAAUUCUUAUUUGGUGGUUCAAGCAUUCACUUAUCAAUUUGUUAGUAAUUAUACUUUGUUUGAAAGUGUAAAAAUAUUUAGCAUACGCAUUUUUUUGGAUCCGUUCUACACUGCUGUAUUUCGAACGAAAUUAUUUUCAAAAUUUUUGAAAAAUAUAAUUUUUAAUACUCUAUAGCAAAAUGUAUAUAUUGGCCCGCUGAACAUUUUUUCGGCCUGCCUAGUUGUUAGCACACCUCUCAAAAAGUCGAAAUGACACCCUUGUUCUAAGUAUAUUUUGUAUUGUAUCGAGCAAAUUUUAGAGGCUCAUUAGCCUCAUCUGAUGAGCAGCCACUUCUUAACUUCUUGGUUUGUAAUUGGCCAGACACAAUAAUAAUAUUAAUAUAAUAUUCGAUCGUAAUAAGCGUAUACGAAUAAAUAAAAUACUGUUUUGUAGUAAACUUUGUUUAACGUUUUGUCAUGUUCAAAAAAAAAAAAAAUUAAAAAUUAAAUACUUCAUUCCAUUUUCAGGGAUAUGUGUGUGUGUUUUUCUCAAAUUUAUUUUUUACAAUAUCGAUCCGUGCAUGAUGGCGCUCGUACCGUCCGUUGCAGUUAUUGUCUUUUAUUUUAGUUGGUUGGAUUUCGAAGAAAUACGACUGUUCGGGAUUUUUUUUCUUUGCCCGAUUUAUUUCGCGUUUCUAUACUCUCCGGGGACUUGUAUAAUACCCUCUCUUCCUCAAAAAUACGUGUAACCACUAUAUUAUUAUUUCAUAGUACAUACGCCAUUCCAUGCCGAAUCACAGACAAAACCGAAUUCGCUUUUUUUUUUCAUCAAUUUUCCGAUUGAGUAAUAAGGAGAUUUAAAGAGAACGUGAUAACACCUGCAUUAAUUCGAUAGUGAAAACUGUUUUGCGUGAAACAAUUUAACGUUUUCUGAAAAGUCAUAUGUAUUUCAAAAAUAUCUAUUGAGAGACGUCUCUUUUUUAGACGAUAUUUUAUAGAAAUGAUAUCGGUGUCUGGGAAGUCUGUGCCCCCUGAAUCCCCCGUAAAUUCACCAUUUACUUAGAAUACAUGCAAUUCCACAAUUGUAAUUGUGUUGUAGAGUGAUUGUUAUUAUGUAAACGUAAACACCAUUAGCAAGAAGACGCGAUAUCCACUUGUGAUACCUCCGUCUUACAAACGUCUAAACAAACUAACUGAAUUGCGUUCAGCGGAGAAAAUUUUGCGCUGAUAGUUUUAAUUUUAGACCUUCUAUCAAAUUUAAAGGUAAAUUCACUAUCAGUGUUUAUAUACGCCGCACAGUGACUUGACGCUUAUCAAAUUGAACUCUUGUGUCAUAUUAUUAUUAUGUGUAAUCAGUAGAGAAUUAUAUCCAACAUUUGAUAUCAGUUUCGAGUACGCGAUUUGGUUUGAAUUUGACCUAGUUAAAGAAGUCAUAACAUAAUUCCGCUAUACAUCAUAAUGUAACAAGCAAUACAUAACUGACUUUUGAAUGUAUAAAUUGUUUUUGUUAUAACUUUGCGAUUUUAACGUUUGCCUAUUUCAAAAUUAUCAUUGAGUCUUUGGCAAGAGUGGAAUUUUGUUAAUGUUAUUUUUAUCUUUUUCUAUUUAACCUAUUCUUUAACUAACGUUUUAAAUAACUGUUUUUGACGUUUGCUCUCGGUAUUUUAAAAUUAUUAUGAACAUUACAAAGAAAAUAUAAAUAUUUGAGGGGGGCAGGUAAAUAUACUUAUGUAAAAUUAUGAAGUUACUAAAAAACUAAAUAUAUUAUUAUGACACUAAUAACGUUGAUUUUCAAUGAUACGUGAUUACCUAAGUAGAUACUCAGAAGUGUAUAAGUUUUUCGAAUAAAAGCGCUUGUUUUACGGUUUUUCGUAAAUAUUUUAGUUAUUGAUUACAAAAUAGAUACUUACGACGACACGGAAUUGCAAUUUUUUAUUUGUUUAAAAGUUGAUUUUCAUUUUUUUUCGAGUUGAUUUAUUUUUAGUUUUUAUUUUGUUUCGUGUCGUUAAAAUUGCCUAUACCUAAUCCCUUAGAUAUGGAAGGUGUUACUUCGUCGUAAUGCUCUUAUUGUUUAAAUUUUUAAUUGGCAUAUAUGUUUGGAAGAGAAUAAAUGAGUUGUGAAAGUGCUCUCAAACUUAAUCGCCCUGAGAAUACCUGAAAUAUAUCCUAAAAAGGCAAAAUUAAAUUUGUUAAUACGCAUGUAAUAAAUCCAUAGGUGCCAUUUAAAAUACGUUUGACUUUUCUGUGGUAUUCUGCUUAAAACUCUCCGGUCCCAAAAUCUAUGAAUAUGUGAGCUUCUUUUAACAGUUUUGUAUUUUUUAAUCGAUUAUUAUCGUUGAUAUUUGAUUGAUAAUAAUUAUUGUCUAGGUCAUCAAAAUGCUCAUUAUUGUCGUGGCUCUGUUCACGCUCUGCUGGUUACCCCUGCAAACAUACAAUCUGUUGCAGCACAUAUUUCCACAAAUAAACGAGUGAGUAUAAUAAAAAUGUUACUACAUAAUUAUAUUGAAUACAAUUAUUUAACUGUUCGUUUUCGGACUUUUCGCUCUUUUGCGUGUCAAAAAUAUGUUUUUUCUGUUUUUCUUCAACAGGUAUCCGUACAUCAAUAUCAUAUGGUUUUGUUUCGACUGGUUCGCGAUGAGCAACAGUUGCUACAACCCAUUUAUCUAUUCCAUAUACAAUGUAAGUAUAGCACACAAACUAUGCAAAUUAGACGUUUUUUUUUUCGCUUUUCAUUCAAUGAUCGGAACACAUAGACGUAAAUAGCCCAAAACAUUUUGUAGGCUUAAUUUCAAUUGGAAAUACUAUGUUUAUUUAUUACACACUUGGGGCUGAUUUUUGAGGGGAAUAACCCCUCUGAACCCUUUUCUAUUUGCGCCAAUAGACCGAAUCGGGAGAAAACAGAAAAAAUUGUUCGUUACAUAAUAAUGAAAUUAUUAUUUACAUUAUACAAACCUAAUUAUUUUUACGCAUGACGAACGCUAUCACAAAAUAAUAAAAUUUAUCAUAUCGAUUAUCAUGAUAAACGUCCUACUUAGAUAAUUCGAAUUCUUUAGUAAAUCGAUUCUCGCGUAAACCGAUUCUUACAAUAAUAUUAUACACGCGGUCUGAGCGCUAAAAUACUCUUGUGUUUAUACAAUACGCUCAUUGAUAUAAUUAAAUUUACUUUACGAUCACCGAAAAUAGAUACGUUUAGCUCACAGUUUAUACGAUUUUUAUUUUAGCGGAAAGACCUUCAUCGGCGUAUACGAAUAAAAAAUGUGCACAGUUCCCUAAAUAAUAUAUAUACGUGCCGUAGUAGGCCUAUAUUGUUCACCAAAAAAAUUCUUUCGGCGACAAACAUCACGGAUAAUACGUGACCGGUGGAAUCAAAUUGAGCACGAUCCCUAUUUUUGUACAACCCGAUUGAGUACGGUCCGUAUUUUUUAACAACCUCUCUGCGCACAGUCAAACGAAUGCAACGAUGCCAGUUUUUCCGCCUAUCUAUAACCAAGUACCGACAUAUACGAGUCUUUAUACUGGAAUAUUAUACUCGUAUAACAUACUAUACGUUAAAUGCCGAGGUGAAUAUUCGUCAAUCGUUUUGCUUUACGGUCAUAAAACUAACAGUCAUAAAAAUAUGACUUGUAUAGAAUGGCAAAAAUGUAUUGUCAUAAUGGUUUAUGACGAAUAUUUAACGAAUAAACAUUGUAAAGGUAUACUAAAAUGUUUAUCGAAAGUAUGAAUUUUAAGGACAAAAACGACAAUUUUAUAUUGGAAUAUAUUAAAAGUGAUGUUUAUUUUAUAAACAGUAAAGACGGCAAUGUUGUACGUAUUUCAGCGAUCAAUCGUUUCGUAUUUUGAAUUCUUAUUGUUUGAUUGUAUCUGUGCACAAUCGGGUCGUGCAAAAGUUGAACUGUGCUCAAUCAGGUUGCCACCAACGUGACAUACCGGUUGAGAUCCACGAAACAAGGAUUAUUGAACAUCAUUGUUAUAAAAUAUAAUAUUAUACAAAAUUUCGAGAUACCAUAAUGUUUUAAUUUCGAAGUGACCUUCUUCUUUCUAGUUCUUCAUUUUUUUCUUCUUCCUACUUUGAAGAACUCUAGAGGUCAAUGAGGCCCAUGACCCAUCGAUAAAAAUGAAAGUAUGAAACUACCUUUUAGUUCUCUCUGUCUCGAGUUGUUUCACUAAAAUCGUCUAUCCCUAUAAUUGCUAAUUCUUGAUUUUAUCAAUUCAUUAAUUCUUCCUCUUGUCCACUUUCCCCGGGGUCUUCAUUAAAUAAAAUUCUAAUUAUAUAAUAUAUUUCUAGGAGUUUUUUUUUUUUUGCUGGGAUGAGGUGAAACACGGAAUAUUACAUUAAUGUAAACCACAGAUAAUAUUCUCAAUUGUAACAUUUUAUAAAACGGAAUAAAAUAAAAUACUACAGAUAUUGCGAGCAUAAAACAUUUCAAUAACACGUUUUAAAACCUCUCGUACUGAUCAAAUUUCUAAUAAUGCAGUAAAACCAUUUUUUUUUUUUAAUUAUUUACAAAUUUUAAACGUUUAGGAUACCACAUAACAUACAAGCGCGCGGUACGAUAUUGCAUACUAUAAAGCAUAACAUAUUGCAUAACGAAAUAUAAUGCAGGCACCCUGUCUUUCAGUCGCCUGUUAUAAUAUUAUUAUUUUUUCCAAUGGAAUUCACGUUUAAAAAAAUGUUCUAUUGAAUUUAAAUCUCGAAGAUUUAUAAUACGAAAAAUACAAAUGGGAUAUAUUAUAAUGACACGCUAAAAAUUAAUAUAUCUAAAAGUGUGAAUUGGUAAUAGUAAUAAAAAAAAACCGAACGGGAUGUAUUUCGCAUCGUGAGUAAAUUAUUAACUGUUGUAGGUUAAACACAGAAUAAUUAUUUUAGUUUCAACAGCGAACGUGACGGUAAACCAUUGCGAACAUAAAACGAUUUUCAGUAGAGCUCGAUCAACCGGACGCCUUUAGUUAUAAUAAUCGUGCUACAUGUAUUUUCUUUCCGGCUACAUAAUCUAAAAAAAAAAAAACCAAAACCAAAAAGUUCAAGAUUCAAAUGCAUAAACUAUAUUAACUUGAGUAUUUUCUAUGAUGGCCGCAUAAUCCGCAAAGAAACCUGAAAACCCAAAAUUUUCAAAUUCAAAUUCAAAAACGACGUGCGCAUAAGAAUACAGGAAUUCAAUAAAACACAUUUUAGAUACUAAGCGUAGCGAGGUUUUAAUAUGAUGAUCAUUUUUUAUUAUUUUUUUUAUCUGUGAACAAUUUUUAUACCAGAAAUCUUGCUCCAAUUUUCAAAUGUAAUCCCUUUUCUGAUAGAAAUAUUUAUCUGGUUGGCACCUUGAAUUGCAAUUUUUUGAUUUUUUACGCGGUUUUCUUAAUCAUUAGGAAAAACGAGAAAAUAUAUGUGCAGAAGAAACUUCGAUCCGAAUCGAUUUUCGUUAGCAAUGGUUUGUCGUUGUGUAAAGAUAUAAAUUAAAUUUCCCUCUAAUCAUACCUCUCAAUUUCUCACCUACAACAAUGGCCCACCCAUCAUGCGAAGUAUGUCCAUCUUUGUUUAGGAUAAAGUCCUAUCGUCUUUAAAAAGAAAAAAAACGAAGACAUUUGGCCUGAAAUUAGAACCUAAACAAGACAGUGGUUUGCUUAAUAAUGUUUAUUUUAGUAGCCAACAUUUUACUACACCCAUUUUAUUUGACUAUGUCUAUCAAAAUACGUAUAUCAUUUUAUACGUACAUUAUGACGUAGUUUCGAAUUUCCUUUUUGGGCAUUCUUUUUUUAAAAAUAUUUUUUCAAGUAUUAUUAACUGCACCAUUAAAAAAUAUAUCUGCAUUCUUGUUUUACCCACCAGCAUUCGUUUUUUCACUGAAUCGCGGGGCUCCUCAAAAACACUGUCAAUGCGCCGCUGUUUAUCUAGGCAGGUACUUUUCCAAUGAACAUUAAUAAUACCGACGCGAAUUCUACAGGAAAAAUUUAAACAAGAGUUCAAGAUGCGAUUGGACUUUAUGGCGGGCAAGAGGCGACUGACCAGAGAUCUGAGCGCGUUCUCCAGCGGUCGGUUCGAGUGGCGCACCAAUCACGUCAACACGCACGAACGGAACCUGAAGCACAGUUCGAUCGUUACCAACGAUACGCCACUGAUACUCACGCCCGACGCGUGAACGACGAUUAAAGAAAACGCUCGACUUUCGCCGUUACGCGGAGAUGAUAUUUUAUUUUCCCAUCUCUUUCUCUAUCUCUAUAUUAUAUCUAUUAUGAUAAUUAUUUAUAAUUGUUGUUUCCCCGCGGUCGCCGAUCAUCAGAAAUGAUUUUUCUCGCGUUUCCCCCUGGCCCGGUUUAUCCGAACGAUUAUCGAAUCGUUGUAUUUUAAUAUGUACCUCAAAUCAAAUAACUACCCGCCGAAAAAAAAAAAAAACAACAAAAAAACGUGAAAAUGGACUUUUUCAGAUAAGUGUGCUAAACGUCUUAUUAUUUAUUGUAAGAACAACAAUAUUGUUGUAUUUUGUUUUACCGAUUGAUGUUGUCGAAAUUGUUUACUUGUAUUCUGUGUAUAUGAAUGUAUUUAUUUGUUUCCAUUUCCGAAACGUCUCCAUGCCGUCUCGUAAACCAAAAUCAACCUUCCGUUUUAUUCUGUUUCUUUUUUUUUUUUUUUACGUUAUAAUGAUAUAUCGUAAUUAUACGCGACUACCUAUAUUGUCAUAUAGAGAAUGUUCACAUAAAUGUAUUUUUCUUGAACACGACGUGUAGACUUUGUGUAUACAUGUAUUUUAACGAAACCUCAAAUAAAUAUUAUUAUUCUCGAC